CUGAAACAGAAACACACUGGACCUGUUCACUGGCAAGUCGGUGUUUGGUGUGUUUUCCCGACCACUUUAUUCCAUAUAGCUAGCAAGAAGAGAAGGAUAUGAUUCCUUUCACUCCUACUCCUACUCGCAAUAUGGUAUCGCCCGAAUCUAUAAAAAGUCCAGCUCAGAACAGCAGUCCCUCUAAGUUGUCCAAGUAACUGAAGAGUAAAGGUAUAAGCUUGUUUUCAAUAAGGGAAACGGUUUAACAAAGAGAGUUUUUUUUUAUAUAAUUACUUUAAUUUUCCUCUUGAUCACUUUGUCUCUCACAAACUUGUUUCACAAGUUCCAGGAUUUCUUUGUAUUUGUUUAUUUCUUCCUGGGGACUGACUAGCUACAGGUAAUUUGAUGUGUUGGUCUGGCAAAUCUUGGGACUUUUAACAGAUUGCAACUUUGCACAUACAGACUGGGUGUCUGGUGACAUGUGGGCACUAUGCAGUUUAUACAGGUUUUGUGGCUCAUGGACUCCCCCUCUCUAGUUAGGAUGUUAAACUAUCUAAAAUGUAUUCCACCAGCCUUCUCUCUACUUUUUGCAAUCACUUUGUUAAUGUAUAUGUGCACUCUUUGUGUAUAUGUAUUUACAUGUCGUUCACUGUAUUACUCUGUGCUUGUGUGUGUAUGUAUAUUUAUCUGCUAAAAAUACAAAUCCUGUUGUCUUCAAAUAGACAUUUGUGUGUUUGUAUAUGUCAUUGUGGUGAAUGUAAUAUGUCUACAUUUGUGUCAUAUCCCAUAAAGUAUAUGUAUCUAUAGUUUCAUAAUUAAAUUGGUUUAUAUAAAUUACCAUUUUGUAUGUUUUUGAUUGUUUAUACAUUACCAUUAUUGCUUAAAUUUUUUUUGUGUAUAUACAUUAUAUGUUUAAAUUAUCAUUGUUUGCACGUGUGUACAUGUCUUUACAUACAGAUAUUUUAUUUAAUAUAGUGUUCUGCUGCACACAGACUUUCAGUAUACUGUUGAAUUAUAGUGAUAUUGCUAUACAGGCUUGCAUACUUUUCCAUAUAGAUUUAUGUCAUAUGGACCAUUCAACCAGGUGGUCUGCAGACCUAUAUUCCAGUCAACAUAUUUUUUAAUUUUAUUUUUUUAAUUUGUAAAAAAAAAAAUUUUUUAUAAAGCAUCUGGUUUGGCAGCCAUUUUUGUUUUAUCAGAUUAGAAAAGUUACCAUUGAUCCACUGCACCCAUGUACAAUCUUCAGCUAGACAGUGCUUGCUAAGGGCUGGGACAAGGUUACUUCCUGGGAAUUAUUCACAAAGUCUAAAGUUUCUCUUUAUCGUAACUCAACUCCCAAGGCAGCUGCUUUCAUGGUCUGUUCUUCUAAGCAUAAAAAAAAAUUCCAAAUUAGUUUUGGGCACCACACCUAUUACCAAGCAAAAAUAUUUACUGCAACAUUAUAUGGCUUUCACAAAUUGCUGAUUAUGAUGUAUGUAGAGCAAAAAUGAGAUCUUAGCUUUUUAUAUUUUUUCUUCUUCUCCCCCUUAGACACAGAGUAUAGUGUAAACAGCAAUACACUUUCAGUGAACAAUGAACAUGUGUUUUUAGCCAAGUACAGUUGGAGCCAAUCCAGUUCUAUUCAUAUCUUCAUGUAGAUUGUUUGCGUUGAAGGCGAGUUAAGAAAUAAUUUGAGAUUUCAGGUGAAUUCCUAGUUUUAGAAGGAUUCAGAUUAGGAAUGCCAAAAAUACCGAAUAAAAAUAAUGGUAAAUCAGGUGUAACUCCAUAUCUGUUGCUUGUUUAUGUCUUUACUUUUUGCAUACAUGUACAUUCAACUGUUUAACGUUUUAUAAUGGGACGGUAUUAAAAUGGUAACAAUUUGAAAUUUCAUUGAAAGGCCCGUUUUCUCCACAGACUGAUUUUGUUAAAAUAGUGCAGCCUAACACCUAUUCUAAUUUUUGUCAAAUAUGCACAAAUGUGUCACAGCAGACACCUGUCACUAUAACUUUAACCAUUCUGUACUGGCUUAAAUUCCUAGACCAUUAUUGGCCCAAAUAACUUUUUUACUACUUCUUGAUGUUGCACUGAAAGGGCUGAAUCCAUCAAUUCAGUGUCUGUAACUAACAUUUGUACUAACUCCCUGUCAUGACUGGCUGUAUAAGUUAGACUUCUGUAGGCCUUUUGUUGUAUGUGUAUUGUCUGGCUUUUUGUUUUGUUCUGUAAGUUCCACUGUAUAAACUUCAUUGGUGAGAGCUCUGCAACAUACGAAUCCCUUAGCUGCGUUAAAAAUUAUUUUCUGUCACAAAUUAUUUGGUAAAUAAAAUUAAAAUAUCCGCUGAGCAAAAAUUAUUUUUGUAUCUUUAACAUUAGAACUGGAAACUUUUUUUCAUAAGUUUUAGAACGUUUUACUGAAAAGGUUUUUUACGAAAUAAGGAAAUCAGAGUAAAUUUUAGGUGAAUUUUACAUUCUAGGCCAAAUAGACAAAAUGGAAACAUUGCUAACUCAAGUCAACAAUUUUGGCCUAAGAUUUGAAGUUCAGUUUGAAUUCCUGACAAUUCAUUGUUUAGCGAUUAACCCUGAUGGUGUUGAAAAAUGGUUUAAAAAAAUGAUAGAAAGUAGAUGAGUGAGUCAGUCUAUGAUUAAGCAGAUUCUUUCCCUAAACAGUGAAUUGCAUAUAAAUGAUCUUUAGAGCUGAAUAAUAAAGUUGGUACAAAUCUCAGAUUCUGCAAUUAUUAUUUUUUUUGCUAGUUGUUUGUAAAUUUGCCACAAUUCCCAGUUUAGCGAAUUUGCCCUUUUAUUUCCUGGAGUCCCCGCUGGUUUUAUAGAAGCUGUAAAUAUUUCAUGUAGCACUUAAGCUGACUGAUAGACUCAUAUUGGCCUUUAGCAGUAGGACUGGCGAAGAACGUUCUCCUGUUUCCAGCAUGUGGCGCUUUAAUGCAGCUAUGAUGAUAUAUUUAUAGACAGUGAGCUGUAUGCUUUAUGGUCUCCACGGAAUUUAAAAAGGACCGUGAGAAAAUGUUUGCUUAUAUCUGUAGUGUUGAGAUGACAAGGAGACACUGAACACAUUUGUGCGUUUUGUGAUUUCUGUUGAAUCUGCUGUGUCGAUUUCAAGGCUUACUUUUUUAGAGGCCAAGGGGCUUUUUUUUUUUUUUUAAACAACAUAGCUUCAUGUGGUUAAACUUCACACCUUAUAAAACAGAGUAUCACAGUUCAAAUGGAUUGAAUUACAAUCACGUAGACCUGAUUGUACUUAGAACUGAGUUAUAUUCAUUUCAUUGUUAUGGAAACCUUUGAUGGGAUAAAAUCUAGUGAUUACAGCAUUUUUACAACUGUUCAAUUUAAAAUGCACAGGGAGUACUAUUUUUAUAGGCACCCUUUUUUUCAGAUUUAGUAAUAUUUUAAGGACAAGGCUUUAUAAUAUUACUUUUUUAAGUAUAGUGAACAGCUGCUAAUUUUAAGACACAUGGAAUUAUUUAUAAAGAGCAUUUUAAGAUAGCUUCACAAAUAUGGGGCAAUCAGUAGGAGCAGUGCCUUAUUUUUCUGUACUUACAGAACUUUGUCAUAUUGUUAGUUUUUAUUAAUGACCAUAGACCAUAAGUGUAAUGUAUGUAUAUUGUAGCUAAAAAGGUUAGUGCCAAAUGACUUGCCGUGAUUCCCAACAUGUGUUAGGCCUACUAGUCACCCAGCUGAGGAUACUGGGAGUUGCAGUCUUUUAACAACCAUGGAUAUACUUGUGUUGUCUAUCUCUCCAUAAAAUAUUUGAAAGGAAUACACAAUCCAUGCCAUCCUGAUUUGUUGUUUUUAGCUAACUGUAUAAUGCCAACAAAGUCUGUAUCCUUGGAUACAAUGUGAUUGAGCGUAAUCUAUUCAAGCUGUGUUGUGUUUUGGAAUUUCUAGAAACAUAUACUACUGGUGUUAAUUUGCUGCAAGUGAGACUGCUGGCUUUCUCUUAAAGUUGUGCAUGUGUUCAGCCCAUUAUAAAAUUCCACAUAAGGCAUCAGACGAAGCUGUAACAUUUUAUUACUUUGCGUAUACUAGUGAAAAUGCUUGUUAGGAAACACAGGCCUCUUCAAGUAGAGAAUGUUUGUGUGUGUGUGUGUGUGUGUGUAUAUAGAUAUAUAGUGUAUAGAGUGCCUGUUCCUAUCCUGAAAUUGCACUUCAGAUUCUGAUAUUUAAUUCCUCUGAUUAAAGCAUAAUAAUAAGUUGGCUUCCUCUCUGUGUUUAUAAAUUAACUGUCAAUACAGUGUUAAUGGGGUUGAAGCUUCUGAACAUCUUGUGAUAAUGUGUUUGGAUUUGAGCUUUUUAGUUUAGCAAUAAAGUUGCAAAAAGGAAAAAAAAAGGAAGGAAAAAAAAAGGAAGGGGAAAAAAAAAAAAGCAACAUGUGUUUGACCAAUUGGUGCAUGGUAGGGGCAGGCUCGGAUGGAUUGGGGGCGUGUGUGUAUUCAUAGUUCUUUUUAUUUGUUCUGUACGCUGGGGUUAUGCUGGCAUAUGCAUAGAAGCAGCCAGGGAGCAGCCAGGAAAGGCAGCACGCUGCACAGACAGGUACACACAUCAUGUCUUAGCAGGGCACAGACUGGCUUGUAAUUAGCCCAACCAUCUCUUAAUUUAUUAUGUCUCUUUGCUCCACUCUAAAGCAUUAAUAACUUAUUAAACCUACACAGAUCCAUUAGAGAUUAGUUUUGCUGCCUUUCUGACGUCCCAGGACCAGAUUGCCAAAUUGUAUUUAUUUUUCUAUCUUUUUUUUUUUCUUCUGAUGUGGUAAAAAUACAUUAUAAAAAGGGAUACUUAAAGGAAUAUAGACUGUAAGCUCGUUUGAGCAGGGCCCUCUUCAAUCUAUUGUUCCUGUAAGUUUUCUUGUAAUUGUCUCAUUUAUUGUUAAAUCUCCCUCUUUGAUAAUAUUGUAAAGCGCUACGGAAUAUGCUGGCGCUAUAUAAAUACCAGUAAUAAUAAUAAUGUGGAAGUGUAUAUUGUUUGUGUAAAAAAAAACAAAAACAAAAAAAAAACCCAAAAACAUUAUUUUUAUUUUUUUGAAAGUGUGUUCACAGAUUUUAGCUCCGUGAAUUAGUUAUAAAGAAACUGAAUACACUAUUUAAAGUGAAAAAUUAUCGGGUUCCUGUUUUUUCAUUUUCUUUUAUGCUUCAACACGUCCAGGGAUCUGCUAAGCAGAUUGUGUGCAUAUUACGUGCAUGCAAAUGCUUUUCUUUUUUUUUCCUCAGGGUUUUUUUAGUUUAAGGUGAUUCUUCAUGUAGCUGUAAGUGAAACCACAACUAUUUGAGAAGCUGAUUUUGUGUGUAUGUGUGGGAGACAGGAGUACGUUUAACCCCUUCCAAUGAGGCCUGUAGUUCUUAUCCAAAUUAUAAAGCUUGUUUUACAGUUCUAGGUCAAAGCUGCAUGUUAACUUAUGUUUCAUGCCUUCUAUACCUGAAUUUGAAAGUCAGUUUUGCCUUAAGCAUUCGAGCAAUCCUAAAUUCAAGAGCUGUUAACGUUUCUGGUUUUUUUUUACGCUCCCCUAUCCCUUCUAUCUGCCAUCAUAUAUUUGUUACCUGCCCCUAUUUUAUUUUAUAGAAGCCAAUUCAGUUUUGUCGUUACUGGCCUGGAAAGUUAUAGUUUAUAAUCUAUAAAGUGACUGUGCUUUCUACAAGGUUAUGCUAAAUUUCACAGGAUCUCAUGAACUUGUCACAAUGUUGCCUUUGUGUUUUUAUAAUAGAAAUUUAGCCAAAGCAAUAGGUACUCUCAGGGUUCUGUUCUUGGACCCCUUCUACUUUACAGAGUUUUGUUUUUAGAAAUGAUCUUGAAAAUGGCACUGAAAGUCUCGUUUCAGUGUUUGAGAGAUGAGACAAAACUCUGUAAAGUAAUACAAUGUGAGUAGGAUAUUGCUUUUCUGCAAAGGGAUUAAGAUAGAUUGGGGGACUGGGCACUCAAAUGGCAGGUGAAAUUUAAUGUAGAAAAUUUCAAAGUUAUGCACUUGGUGAUAAAGAAUGCACAAGGAAUUUACACCCUAAAUGGUAGUGAAUUAGGGAUAACAUCACACGUGAACGUUUUGGGAAUUGUAUUAGACAGCAAACUAAGCAACAAUGUGCAAUGUCAAUCAGCAGUUGCUGAGCCCAGUAAGGUAUUGUCAUGUGUAAAACUGGCCAUUAAUACUCAGGGUGAAAAUAUAAUGUUGCCUCUUUAUAAAUCAAUGGUAAGACCAAACAUUGAAUAUGCUGUGCAAUUUUGGGCACCUGUUCUAAAGAAGGAUAUUAUGGCACUAGAGAAAGUGCAGAGGCGGGCUACAAAAUUAAUAAAAGGAAUGAAAAAUUAGUUAUGAAGAAAGGUUGGCACAUUUAAAUCUCUUAAGUUUAGAAAAACAGUGCCUCAGAAGGGAUAUCAUAACAUUAUAUAAGUAUAUUCUGGGCCAAUACAAAACAUUGUCUGGAAAUCUUUUCAUAAAUAGGACCAUACAUAGGAUAGGAAGUCAUGCAUUUAGACUGGAAGAAAGGAGAUUACAAAUAAGGCAAAGGAAGGGUUUGUUUGCUUUUUUCUUAUUUUUACAGUAAGAAUAAGGAUGUGGAAUUCUCUGCCCAAAUGGGUGGUUUUAAUAGUCUGUACAUUUGUUUGAAUAGAAACUGGAUGAAUACUUGCAAAAACAAAAUAUUCAGGGGUAUAAUUUUUUAGUGGGAUAAUAGAUUCUUGAUCCAAGGUGAGGUCCGACUGCCAUUCUGGGGUCAAAAUUUAUUAUUUUCCUAGUUUGUUGCAAAAUUGGAAAAUGCUUCAAACUGUAUUUUUUUUUUUUUUUUUGGCCUUCUUUUGGAUCAACAGCAUAAAACAGAUGUGUGAGAGGUUGCAUUUGAUAGAUGCAUAUCUCUUUUCAACCUAUGUAACUACGUAUGGGUAAGCUAAGGUUUGCAGUAAUAUUGCUUCUUGUAUGAUUCGUUAUGUAUCUGGGAAAGAGGCAGAGAUGGUGCAAAUAUGCUUAGAGUGCGUCUAGGCCUCAGGGUGAGAGGAAGCAUCCAGCUGGCAGGCGAGUCGGAGCUCACAUUACUAUGAGCUUCUCAGGGUUGCUUGACAGAUGCGAACGUUAGCCCCCCAAAUGACAGACAAUAGAAUUCAGAGCUGCCAUCUUGUGACUCUGAUGCUUUCCCCUCUACUCUUUUUAAAGCUUGAAAUUACAGAUUACCCAGCUGUUUUUUUGUUUUUUUACUUAAACUUUUAAAGAUUUUUAACACUGAAAUGAAUUGUGUGGCUUUUGUUUUGUAGCAGGCAAAUUAUUUGUAUACUUUGUGCUCCAUAAGGAAAAGAAAGUUUAAAAUUAAGGGGGGGGGGGGGCGGGGGGUUAGGAGAGAGUCUUUAAAUAGUAAAUUAAACUCCUGGGGACACAAUGGAUGUUUAACAGAAACCAGAGCCUGGCGUUGACAUUGAGGCAAUGGGAACUGUUUAUACUGGGAAUAUACUAGACAGACUGCAGCAAAGUGCCUUAAUUUAAUCCAUACUCAGCCCAUACCACAUUGUAAGAUUGUACAUGUGUUCAUGUUUAUUUUACUGCAGGGUGAUUGUCAACGGUUUAAAUUUAGGGGGUUAUAGGAGGGGUGGGAAUGGUGUUUGCCCCUUUUGGCAUUUGAAAGCCCACAUUACUCUUAACAAAAAAUAAAUAAAUUGCACAAUUUCCUCUCUCCUUGUUUUAUUAUCCAGUAAUGUAAAAGCAGACCUAUCCUGCCUUUUAUUAUGGAGUGUUUAUGUAGGAAUCAUUUUAUAUUUUUAUAUAUAUGAACAUACUAGUGUUCUAGAACUGCUUCACUUAUUAAAAGAAGUAAGGGUGUGCAAAAGUUCCAACUGGUACUCAUUGACAUCCAAUUCCUACAGAUCUGUGGUUGAAAGGAAUUGUAGUUCUGGACAUGAGGUGCCUAUUCACUAAACUAUGAAUUGUGGGGGAUUUACCGGCAAAUUGUAGGCCAAAGAACUGGGAAAAAAGCCAUAUUUAACAUUUUUCUCCAUUGCCACUUUGGCCUAACAUUUGAGGCCUUAGAUUCAACACCACGUAUCCUGGUUUAUAAAUUAUUCCCACGUUCCAGACCCUGGGCUGUAUAUGAAACGAGAUGUUUCUUUUAGUUAUAUUAUGUAUAUGGCAUGAAGCCCUGUAUACCAUUAUAAACUCCAUUAACAAAACUACACAGGCCUGCAUUCCGUUCUGCCGGAGGGCUUGCCAUGCUGUGUAAAUUAUUGAUUAAUGACUGCACCGCUGUUAGACAAUAUCAGCCAUUCCAGAUGUUGUGGACUGGAUCUCCCAUAAUACACUGCAGAUGCAGCAUGACUGAUGUAGUCUACAGAAUGUGUAAUAGCGUAGCUUGCUACCAUGCCGGGUUCCAUUGUGAACUCUUAAUCCCUUGUGAUGCCUUUUUUUUUUUUAAAAAUACUAACUUAGUAAUACUAUUACAGUACAAUGACGUGUGGUACUCUCUCCUCCUCAGUUUCUGUUUUGACAGUAUGCCUAAUGCAGCCCACUUAAUCCAAUUUUUGAAAUUUUCAGUAAUGUCAUAAAGUGUCAGAUUUUGGGGACAGCAUGGUGCGUGAGAAACCUUUUUGUUUUGGUGUCUAAUGUACUAAAAACAAAAGUAAACAAAAAAACAACAUUUUUGCGAAACUGCUUCCAUAUCAAUUUAAAAGAAGAUCAGGGUAUGGAUACCAAAGACAAAACGACUACAAUUGCCGCAAUGCAUAUAACCAUUUUUAAGUAUGCCCUGCAGGUUACUAGAAUUUUAAUAAAUGCAUUUUCUACGAGAUAAGAUAUUUGCGGUUAUGGACUAGCAUCUAAAAGCUUCUAAGGCGGCAGACUUAUCUGCCUCGCCGCCUGCCUGCUGCUUCCUGCACCACAGUAGGACUCUGCAUAAAAUAAAAGAGCAUGCAUCUUAAAAGGUAUUAUAUGCCUUUAAUUCCCAUACUAAAUAAAAAAAGUUUAUAUUCUUUAAGAAUCUUUAAGAAGUGUGUAUGUGUAUGUAUGUGUAUAUAUAUAUAUAUAUAUUUAAACUGGGCGUGAUGGGGGUUGUUGUCGGGAAGCCUCUUUAACACAGAAAGUUGCUGGAUUGGUUGCGGCGGCAUGCUGGUCUGGUGAAUGAGUUGCUGCAUGACCUUGUUCAGACGACGCAUAAUUAUGCCUUCUGCGAUAGUUGCCUAGCACUUGUGCCGUUAACGAACACACGUCUUCAUUGAUCAGUUGAGCAAAAAGGGAAACUGUUUUCCUUAUCGUCAUUUCAGCUAGAUACAUCAUGACUUUGUGAUAACCUUAAACUAUCUUAGAUAACACGAUGUUGACAUGAAUGCUAAAUAGCCUACUUAAAUUGGAUUGUGAAAUUGAAAUGUACAUUGAGCUGUCAUUGCGUGCUGUGCUCAUUUGCACUGUACAUUUAUUAGUCCUGCAUAAAUCCUGUGCAUGAGACCUGUGUGGGGUUAGGCUUGUUUACGGGAAACCACAUGCUGCCAUAUUAUUAGUUCUACAUAGAAUGGUGUUUGCCUACAUUGGGUUAGGGAACCAGGCUACAUCUUUAAGGUCUUCUCUUUGCUUAUUUUUGAGCCUGCUUAAAUCCCCAUGCGAACAGAGUAUUAAGUGAACACUGUAUUUAUAAUACAAACUUGUACUCCUAAUGCUAUACGGCUCUCCAAACUAUGUAGGUGUGCAGCCUCCCUUGCAGGAGUUUAAAAGGUAAGAUUUACGUACCUUACGUCCAGUAGCGCCCUGCUCUCUGUGAUGUUGCUCCGCCUCCCAAGCUAAGCUCAUCAAUUAAUGAUCUCCGACAAUCCAAUGCUUCCCCAUAGGGAAGCUUUUGGAGGCCAGUGCCCAUGUAUGGCAAAAAACACUCUUCCCCAAUCAAAUGCACUCUGGGGUAGUCUGAGUCUAACUCUGUUAUAGGUACAGAAGUGCCCCUGGUGGCUGACUUCCAGACAGCCACUAGAGACGUGUUAACCCUGCAGUGAAAACAUUGCUGUUCCUGCGAAACUGUUGUUUUCAGUUAUAGAACUAAAAAGACAAGAGCAUUGCACCACAACCACUUCAAUGUAAUCCCUUUCAUAGAUUUCAUGCUUGUUUGAGCAUGUCCUUCUUCACCUCUGGCUCUUCAUUUUUGUAUGUCAAUUAUUUAAAGGGACUCUCCCAGCAUCAUAAUCUGUUUCUUGAAUUGCUUAUGUUGCAAGGAACCCCCCUGUCUCACUGCAUCCUGUUGCUUACAUCUGCAGUGAUUUGCAAAAUUUGCUUGAUUGCCUCUGUAGUUAAAUUUUUUUUUUUUCUCUCUAUAAAUGCAUAAGCUAGGUGGAAAAUACCCCUUAGAGCAAUAAUAGAGAGGUCGUAAAUGUUAGUAACUGCAGUAUCCUAAAAUCUUGACAUCACUGCUGACACCAUUGGUUCACUUAAUAAGCUGCGGAUCAAAGGGAAAAAAUGGGUCAGUGCAUGUAUUCACGGGUCUGUGAGCAACUCGUGUGCAUGCAAAUAUGUGUGGAGCUAGCGUGUCUGUGUUCUCAGCUCCGUUUCAAAGAUGGCUGUGUUCACAAUGGAAUACACGUUGUGUCCUACAUUGAGACAUACAAAGGUGUGGGGCCAUUGACAAUGCAACAUAAAAAAAAAAUACCAUAUAGCACCCUGACAUUUAUACACAUGACCCAAAAUAAUACUUUGGUUCAUGAAUAUAUAAAAAUGGAGGGAUUGGUUUCAGACUGUACCUAUGUUAAACCUAUUAAACCUGACAUGCGAUUUGAUGGAGAAUAGACUUUAUAGUAAAUGGGGUUAAACGGAUGCAAAUUUUACUUCUCUGUAAUUCGUUGGCAAACUACUGGAGGCAAAAAGAGUAUUUUUCUUUAUGGAAAUAUUCCUAUGGUUUCUUGAUGGUUUUUAGCUUGGUCUGUCGCUGUUCUUACCUGACAAUUCGCUUUUUGCAUGCACUGGCAGCCUGUAUUACAUUACGUAGGCAGCAAGCGCCAGUUUCAUCUCGGCCUAGUCAAAAACAUUAUGGGAUAAGGGUAGAAAUGACUGAAAUCUUUGCCAAACUUAGUGAGAUUUUAACCUCUUCUCACUUUGCUGAACGUUCCGCUGAGGUACAGCACCAGCAAUCCAUUGUUAGUGCAGUUAUAAUUUAUUGAAUGAGAGAUUCUCUGUCUGAAAGUGCAAGUACAACUCCUACACACUCUGCACAUCAUACACUGCUAGCACCCACACACAAAUGUAGGGUUGCAGUUUAAAAAAAUAAAAAUAAAAUAUAAUUUUAUUUUUGAAGCCUACCUUUUCUGCUUUGACUGGGGUGUUUUCCUUUAAAAAAAUAUUAGAGUUUGUAUUGAUGCAAUGAAUAAUUGAUUUCAUAAUUACUACAUUGCAGUUAGGGUUAAAACCUGAUGUUGCAGUUUGCUCCCUCUGGGUAUAACUAUCUCACAUCUGUGUCAGAUCCUCCAGUUAAGAGUCAACAUCUUCUGUGUAGACAUUAGUGUUCAGCCUUUGGUCACUGCUUUAUAUGUCUAAAGCAGAGGUGCCAAAAAUGUAGCCCCCAUAUGUUUUAGAACUGCCGAAUUUUUGUAUCUCACCCCCUCCCCACCCCUCCCCUCCCCCUCAACCCCAAGAAAGCAAAGAAGACAAACCCAGACAUUUUAUUAUUUUAACUAAAAUCUAUAUAUUGUAAUUGUAACCCAUAUAAUUAUACCCUAGUAAUCUCAAGAUGUCUAAGGUUUUAGUAAAGUGCAUAUGCCAUUAAAGGGCCCAUAGAUGCUAUUUAUAUGCAACCGACGUGGCUAUAUUUUUAUGAUUGAAGCCAGUUGCAUGGUUUAUGCAAAAACGAUAGAACCCAAAAACUAUUUCAUGCUGGCUCUGCUCCCAAUAUAUACUGACAAGAAAAGGUGGCAAAACAGGACUAAGACGUCCUACGGUUUAUAUACAGCUGUCUCAUUGUAUUCAUUGAGAGAGCAUUACACUAGGGUACAUGCAUGCGCAGCACACCCAUCCAUGCCUGUAUAAACUGUACAAUUGUCUUCCAAAAGCGAGCUUCUCACAGUGACCACAAUCCGGUAAAGUGGCUAGCUUGACAGGUACUAUACCUGCCUCCGUGACUGUGAUGCUUUUUUGGCACCUUUCCCUAUUCUGCCCAGGUAUGAGCAUCCUUCAAGUCACACUUUUAUCUUCUGUAAUCAGAUGAAUCAAGGACCAGGCAUACCAUCUGGGAUUACAGCUGGGAGUGUUGCCUCUCUGAGCUGUGCACCCAUGAUCUGAAUCUACAGGGUGUAUGCCGUCUCUUCUUUGUUUGGUAUUUCAAUCUUCUAUCGCAUAGGCAAAAGAUAAAAUAAAUGUCUAGUGUCUAUUUAAAUGUCUUCAUACCACUCUCUCAUUUUUAAAAGGUUGUUAUGGACCAAUGCAAUGGCAGAUGUCCCAUUUAAUAUGUGUUCCUUUCCAAAAUCAAAAACAUAGCACCGCUGCAUCUUGAACAUUUGUUUUAUGUGUAUCUAUUUCUGCUUCUGUUGUGAAACAACCGCAGUAUUUUUCUGAAUUUACAUAUACUGGGCACAUGUUUCAUUUAGAAUUUAUAUCUAUGAAAUAAUUGUUAGAAGGUUCACAUGAUGUCCAUGUGGCCAUAAUGUAGACUCUAAAGAUAAGCAUCUGUCUGUACCCGUAAAUCCUCCCUAAAUGAGGAAAAUUCCAAUUCUUAUAAAUUCAGUUUAUUUUGGAACUAGUUAAAAAUUGGGGUGUUGGCAAUACCUGUGUCUACCAUACUAGAUCAUAAAGAAAUGUAAGUGUCAAAUUUAGGGAUAAAUCCAGAAUUAUUCUGGAAGAUUUCUGCCUCUGUGCUCUUAUUGUCACCUUAUAAUUUUUAUUGUAGACGGUUUUCUGUCGCAUGUCGGUAAUCUUUGACCUGCAAACCACAAAUAAAAACACAUACAGGGUUAUUGACUUCACCGGGAUCUGUUGAUAAUUAAUAUUAAGAUUAUACAUUUUUGGCUCAAAUAUUGCUGGGAAUGUUGUUGCAGUUACCAGAUAAUUUGACAGCAAUCCGUCAUUUCAUUAAUCUGUGUGAUUUUCACCAGUUCCCUAGCCACCGUCUAGGUAACCGGGCCUGCACUUCAAGGGUUAAAAAGGUGAGUUUAAUUAAGUUUUUUCCAUCGCAGUGCUAAUCCAUGGCGAGUUUGAUAAUCUCAGCCAAUCCAAUACAUUACCAUAAAAAAAACAUUGGGAGGCUAGUGCGCAUGCAUGGCAAAACGCUGCUCCGAGCUGCGCAGAUCGUCUCUGAGACUGAUUGAAAUAGUGGAGGUUUUGUUAACUAUUUCGGCAGAAGCUCCUAUAUUGCUCUGUCACUUCACAAAUACUAACAAACCGUGUAUCUCCUCCUCUUAUGCGUUGUGUGCCCUGGCUGAGCCAGGGUUAAACUGGAUUGUGAAGGCAGUUGCAAAAUGUAAAAAAUGGCACAAGAUAUUGGUGAUUUUCAUAUAUUUUUAUUUUCAGUGGUAAAUUUCUAGAUAAGCAGCAGGCCCCCUUAAAUGCCUGAGUGGACCAUAAAAUGACAGCACAGUUAGAGAUCCCACCCCCACCCCCCCAUGCUUUUGAGAAAUUAAAAUAGAGUUUUAACUUACAGUAGAAUGAAAUUCAUGUUCUUGGGCCCUCUCCUGGGAGAACCGUGUGAUGUGCGUUCAGACACUCAUAGCCCAGGGAAAAGUUAUGAUUUCAUCCAACUGAAGACACAUUCAUACGUAGUCUGCACAGAUGGAUUAAACAUCAGCUGGUUUGUUUUUCCUCUGUCCCUUUGAACCCGCAUUCAGGAUGUGUUUUUUUAGAAAGGGUAUAGUGUUAAGCAUGGAUGAAGCAGCCAUCAGGCAAUCUGCUAGAAAACCGAGAGCAUUCAGGGUUCACUCGUAUUGUCUCUCUGUGUCCCCCUUUCUCUUCCCCCAUGUCCCCCUCUCCAUUGAAGCCCAUAAAGAAAUGCUUAUUGGACUGGCUGAGCAUUUCGGCACAUGGCAUUAACAAUAUUCUGGCAUCGUGGUCUUGGGAUAGUUUUCGAUCCACCUUCUCAUACUGUGGAAUGUUUUAUGUAGGUAAUAGCAAUCAACAAUUAUAGGUUUUCCUAGUUAAAUUCAAAAGGCAAAAAUAGCUGAUCUCGAAAAAUUCUCCAACUCGGCCAUAGUCACAUCUUGGCUAUUUUUGUGAAACACCCUGUUGGGUGUUGAGGACCUCCUUUGACAAAACAUAGUGGACAUAAUAUUCUAUAAACUUACAUCUAUAAAUCUGUUCUGCUUUAUCCAUAAAGUUCUAGAUACAAAGGUAUUUAUUGUAUUGACUAUUUUCUCAUGCAAUCUCCUGGUGCGGUGGCAAUUUAGUCCGUUGGGUGUGCUUAUCUCUUUCACCAGCCUGCACAUGUCCUGAGAAGGCCCAUUGCUCUGCUGUCACCCCGAGAGAAGGGGAACUUUUUAUUUAUAGUCUUAGAAUAGCUUUGCAUACAAAUGCAUGUUUGCUUAAGUUUUAUUGCGUUAAAACGUAAUUGUGUUAAUUUUAUUUUUUUUUGCCACAUUUUCUACACUGUACACUACAUAUGUUGGUUGUAUAUAUUGUUAUACAUUUGAGUGUAUUCAAAAUCAGUUGGAGGGUCCUUGGCCUAAAAGCUGACAAUCACUGGAAAAAUAAUGGCCUUUACUGAUGAACAUAAUUUAUAUGCAUAAACCCUUCGAGAAUUUGGAGGAGAUUUAAGGUUUGUUUUACGACGGCUUUUAUUUUUUUCUUGUUUUAGGCAGAAUGCAAUAUUCCAUCUGCUCUGUUCGUUUACCCUGGCAGCCAGGCGUCUGAAAAGAUAACUGCUUCUGUCAAAAGCUAAAUCACGUAGCAUAUCACCUGUCUUAGUGUUAUUCAGUAAUCUUUACUGCAGGGCGUGAUGUUUAAUUCCCGUAACUGCUGUAAUAGUCAGCAUUUGAACUGUGAGGGUAUAUCAUAGUACAAAGCACCUGAUCUACUUUUGUUUUUAUGGAAUUGACCGGCCCAUAAAAAAAAAAAAUACUGAACCGGUAUUGAGUAUUUCCUUAUAUAGUAUGAUAGCGUUUGUUUGACUGAUCUUAGAUCUAUACAACAAUACACUUGCCCAGGGGCUGAUACAGGUAUUUCCCAAGCUUUUGUCGAACUACAAACUCUGUAAUGCUAUGCCAGCCUUAAUUCAUUGGAGGCGUAGUUAUUGAAAAACAUGGGCUACUGACCGCCGCUGUAGCAUAUUGACUUCAAUAGGUUUUAUUCUGCAACUGCGUCACAACCCAGUGCAAGCUUUAUGAAAAUAUAGACCGUAAAAUCAUUGGGUGGGAGAAAACUAGUUAUGACUCAUUUCUACUUCGCAUUGUGGGUUUUUUGUUUAUGUAAUGUAGAGACGAUAAUGCAGAUAUGCAUUGCUUUAACAAUAAGAACACUCAGAUAUGUGAUAGCUCAGCGAAAACGGCUUGUUUAAAUCUGCACUCAAUACAGAAAUUUAAGGUUAUCUGGCAAGCGUAGAUUGGUUUCAACAAACAGUGCGGAAACAGAUAUCUGUAGGAUCUAUAGGUGUUCCUGUGUUCGUCCAGUGUGGUUAUCAAUAAAACGUGAUGUUGGGACCGUGAGGAUUAAUUUAGAGACUACGCAUUUUAAGGCCUUAGUUAUUUUAGUUUGAUAAUUGUUAUCCAUAGUUUGUAUGUCAGUUGCAAAUUUAAUGUGCGACACACAAGCCUCACUGGACAAAUUGUGGGUUCUGGCAUUGUACAUCGCGUCCAGCCACCCCACACUACGCUUUAGAAACAAAAUAUGAUUUCUUUUUUUUUUUUUUAACAUGGCUUUAGAGAUUUUUUUUAUUAUGGCAAUCUCAAAGGGAAGGGCCAUGAUUUUUAGGUAGCCUUUAAUGGAGUUUAGAAAGUGAGCUAAGACAAUGUCUUACAGACGCACAACAGGCAGAACAGGCUCUGGAUAUAUAUAUAUAUAUAUAGCAUGUUUUCAAAGCACACAAGUUGAUUUACAAUAUUAUGUCUUAAGUCAGAUCCUAUAAUUUGGCUCCAGGCUGCUUUGAGAAUGUGCAGGUUAUUUCAGACUGCAUUGUUCUGUUAAAAUGGUUUGACUUUGCUAAUGUGUGAAUAGAUUUAAGACCUGAGUGAAUUAAAUGAAGAUCAGGCCCUCGUUAAAGCAUGCUGUAAGUCUUCUGUGCAUAUUCUCAGCAUUCCAUCAAGUCUUGCAUAGAUCCUAACUUUGCCUAUGUCUCAGAGGUAGCAAUGACCACAGUGGUCUCCUUGAUCAACCUCUGCAUGUCUCUUCCAGUAUAAUAUUUGGGCCUGUGUUCUAUCAGUUUAUAUAGCUCAAAAACUGAGCAAGUCCUGCUUUUGGACUCCUGUCUAAACAAUGUUUGAGUUUGUGGGUACCCAUACAUAUUAUUUUUAGGAGACCUAUCCCAUUCACAUGCCGAUCUAGUGACAAGGGACUGGAGACAUAGCAUCUGUGUGGUGAGUUGUCCAGAGUGUGGUGCCAUUUGCAGGUUAUGACUGACUUGUGACAACCAAAAUGUUUAAGCUAUAGUUAGCAGUUGAUUAAACCUAGUAAUCUCAUCUUCUCACCACCAUGCUGUGUGUGGGAAAAGAGAACUUCACAUCAUUGAAUAGAUUGCAUCUAUACCAAUUAAUACGUACUUGUCAUGUGCAGAAUUGGUAGAUAACCAGUUCACAUUCCUAGGGUAGACACAGAAGUUUUAAUCCGUGUUAAUCUGUAAUUAUACGCUUGUUGGAUUGCAGGUACUUCACAGAACUUACUCUUGAAGGUAGGCUUAAGUACAGGAUCUAAAGCUGUGUUUGUGCCUCUUCACACCUGUUAGUACAGACCAUAUUCUCAGCUUUGUCUGUAGAAGAAGGAAGGGUGGGGAAGUUGAAGAUUCCGUGUUUCUGUAAACGGAAUAGUAAGGUUAUUACUGGAUGUCAUUACUGAAAGGGAUUUUUUUUUUUUUUAGUAACACAAUUUUAUAACGUUCUGUUUUCUCAAUUCUGAUUUUGUUCGGCAAUGAGAUCAAACCAUGUUUCAGUAUAGUUUCGUUAUUGUAUCAAAGAAUUUAUUUAGUUUUUUUUUUUUUUAGCUGCUCCCAACACAAAAUAAAUAUAACCGUCGGUUGACAGAGAAAGUUCAGGUACUGCUUCAAACCCAUAUAGCUGACUCUUAUAGUUUUGUUGCUUUGACUAAGCACCUAACAAGAGGCACAUAGGACGGGCAAUUCUCCCUAAACUUUGUUCCCUCCUCGAUUUUAAUUUCUUGCUAAUAUGUAUAGUUAAAACUGAACUAAAAUAGGUCGUGGGUACCUGGAUCUGUAAUUCACUAUAUAUAUAUAUUAUUAUUAUUAUUAAUUUUUUUUGUUUGUUUUUUUUUUUUUUUAAGCCUAUUACAGUGAACACAUUUAUUACACAUCUUUUAUUUAAGCUUUGGAAAAGCAGCCAAGAAAUUGAAAGUAUUUUAAGUGAUUUAAUUGCUGUUCUUGUACUUGUUUUCCCAUGUUUUCUGCACGCAUAUUUUAUUUUUUAAAUAUAAAUGUUAAUCAUUGGAAGAGGUUGUUUACACAGCCAACCCUGUUUGACCUCGUAAUAUUGCCAUUCUUAAGGCUAAUGCCAUAAUUAUCUAACCAGCUUUUGUGGAUGAACAAUAACAUUUGUGUCUAUUAAUUACCUGUUGGCGUUUAAAAGAUUAUUUUCUUUUCAUUUUUUUUCCCAACAGAGGAGACGGGUGGUUUUGUUUUUUACCCUUUAAUUUGGGACAUAAAAGAUGUUCCUUGCUCUCUAAGCUGCCUUGACGUUUAUGCGCAAAAAGUAACUUUGUUCUAAAUCUGGAGCAAUCACUAUAGAAACCAUUUGAUGGUGUAUUGCUCCACAUUGAGCUACAAAAUCGAUAAAUGAAAGGAUAUUUUGGGUCUACAUUGCAUUUCCUUCUAAGAACUAUUUCAAAUUACUAUAUUUCAGUGUGUUUCUUGCCAAGGGGUUCAUUUGAAUUGGUAUUGAUACAUUUGUGAAAGAACAAUGGAAACUUUGGGCUUUGGGUUCGCAGCCGGCCCAGUGGGACUUUACAAAGAUGUUAUUUCCUCAAUAAGUUGUCGGCCUGUUCAGCACUGACACGUAAUUUACUUGGAAUCUGUUUUCAAUAUUUUAACAUUAAUGGAAUCUUCAAAUAUUGUGUAGAUGCCAAAUUAUUGUUUGUGUAAUAGAGGGCGGUUGUUCAUAAUUUAUUACAUUUUUGUUUUCUCUGACUAGUAGUAGGCUUGUUUACAUUUACAGGGUUGAAUGAAUGUUAAAAUGUUGGCCAAACUAGCUGAAUUAACACAAAUCUACAAGUCAAUUCUCUUUUAUCUUUGGCUAAUUUGGCCUUAAAUUUGAAGUUUUCAUUGAAUUAACUUUGAAUUCCGGUCAAUUUUCACGUUGGUUAAUAACCACGUUAGUGUUUCUUUUAAUAUGGCAGCCUUGUGCUCUUCUACUACCUUGUGAAAUACCUCGCCCAUCCAGUGUUUCUUUUGACCUUUAGACUGAUAUCUAUGAAGAGGGAAUUUAUUGAACUUGGAGUAGCCCCUCCUGUUAAGGGUCUGGCUGACCUGUAGAUAUAACAGCUAAUGCGAAUGCAUAGAAAAUUGUCAAGCACAGUUUUUUAUUAAUAGACCUGGUUGUAGUACCUGGGCCUUGACAAGUAAGUUUAGUACAGAUGCUCCUCACUUACCGACCGGUAAGUGAGGCACAUGCACACCAGUGCAGGUCUGUGUUAGGGGAAAUUUCCCCAAACCUAGAUUAGAGGGAUUCUUUGCUCUGGUGUGUAUGUCUACGUUUGUGGAAAUUUCGCAGAACAUAGACAAGCACACCUGGGCAGGAAAUCCCUCUAAUCUAUGUUCAGGGAAAUUUCCCCGAACAUAGACCACUUCUCUAACGUGGGGGAAUCUCUUGAAUCUCCACGCAAGAGAGCUGGUCGUAAGUGCGAGCCGUCGCAAAGCGAGGACCACUUGUCGUAAAUAACUUUUAAGGUAUGGAUUUUGUUAAUCAGCAUAUGCUACCUGGAAAUUCAACAUGUUUGACCUGUAGACUUUGAGUCUGACCCCACAUUCACAUUGCCAUGAGGUUUUGGAGCACAGCCAAGAUCGUUGUUAUGGUACAAUCCAUUUUCUGACUGGAUCCCCAAUCUCAAUUUCUGUGUCCCAGAAAGUUUUUACAGAGUCCCAGCUUUCUUCCCCCUGUGUAUGGAAAUGUUCUGUAUGAAGUGCUAAACGUGGGGCUGCCGCCAUGUAAACCAGUGAAACCAACAGGCACAUUUGUUUGGUGACAUUUCCCCGUUUACAUUUUUGCGCCACUUUUUAGAGCCGAACACUUUGAUAAAUCUCCUUGUGUGUCCAGCAUACUAAACAUUAUCAAAAGUCUACUUCAUCAUGGCAAGAAAUGCAGUUUUAACAGUUACUUUUACAGAGUCUUUAACUUUAUCUUAAAGGGACACUAUAGUCACCACAACAACUACAGCUUAAUGUAGUUGUUCUGGUGAGUAUAAUAGUUCCCUUCAGGCAUUUUAAUGCAAACACUGCCUUUUCAGAGAAUGCAGUGUUUACAUUGCCCCUAGGGACGCCUCAAAGUGGCCACUCCUCAGAUGGCCACUGGAUGCGCUUCCUGGGGCAGGGCUGCUCAGUAGGCAGCACUGCCGUUCAGUGUCUCCACGCUCUGCAUGGGGACGCUGAAUUUUCCUCAGAGAUGCAUUGAUUCAAUGCAUUUCUAUGAGGAAGUGCUGAUUGGUCAAAAUGGCAUUUGGCCCCACCUCCUUGCAGAUUUUAGCCAACUCAAUGCUUUUCAUUAUAGGAAAGCAUUAGAUUGGCUAGAAAUAAGCAAUUUUGAUGAGUUUGUCAAGGAGGCAGAUCAGGGGUGGGGCCAGCGCCGGUGGACCUGUAAGCCGCUGGAAAUAAAGUGAGUUCUAAUUCCUUUUAGAGGGCUGGGGGGGUGCGUUUUUCACUAUAGGGUUAGAAAUACAUGUUUUUGUUCCUGACCCUAUAGUGUUCCUUUAACAAUAAUUUCCCACAUUAAAAUAUAUUGAGAAAAAGAAUUGAAAUACACUAUUGUGAAAAUGGUUUAAAUGCUUUACUAAUGUAUUCAAAGUUGUUGUUUUUUUAAUUUAGGUCACAACAAAACCCAUUGAAGAGCUUACCGAUAUAUUCUUAGCGUAGAUAGUUUAACUUCUGAAACAAUUAGAUUUUCUGUAGCACCUUGCUUCCGUUGGUCUAAUGUAAGCUUAUAGCUAUGCCGAAAUGUUUCCUGCUUUACUGUGUGAUAAUCCAUUUGUGGCUGAGUGUACCGUUGUCUUAUCAAAGCCCCCUUUGCUUUUGCAGAUGAAAACAAUGAUUUGCAGCUCUAAGAAGAAUUAAGGCAACUCCCUCCGCUACAAGAAAAGAGCCGCUUAACUUAAUCUGCAAAUGAAAUGGCUAAACAGUAUUGAACCAUUGGGAUCGAUGCACAUCGGAUUGACGAGCAGAGAAGGGGCAACUACCAUGGUAACACUAAUAACCGAAAAGCUGCAAAACCAGACCCUGGACGAUCUGUCAUGCAAAACCUAUAAUAUUAGUCUGGUACGUAACAUUCGCUGACUCAUCUCUUUUACAAAGUUCAGAGCAUGUGAUCAAUAAGUUUACUGAUUUAGGUUUCUGUUGUAUAAGGUAUAACUUGGCACAUUCCUCUUGCGUAAAUUACCUUACAGGAACCUCAACAGUAUUGAUUAUUAAUUUACCACAAUAAAAUGUGUGCUUCUUUUACAUAGAAGACAAGUGUUAUUUUUACAAUGCAGUCAAAAUAAUGUAAAAAGUACUUUUUAAGAUACAUGCUAGUGUCGCUACCUUUCGGUCCGAAGCAUGGGUAAUAGUCAUUGUUGCACUGAAAGACUUUUUUUUUUUCUUUCGUUUUUUUAAUGUUGCAAAGGAUCCUUCCUUGCCCCAUCUGUCAUUUUCAAUGAGACUAUUGCGUCUUUUUUUUUUUUUCUUUUUUUUUGGCUGAAUCUAGCUUUACUAACCAGUAGGACCUCACUUUUAAAAAUAAGAUGAACAAGGGCAUAAUAGUAUUGCAUAAAUGUCAUCUGGUACAACAUAUGCAACACUCUUCGUAAAAAAUAAAAAGGUCUAUUACGUUAAAUGUAAUGUUACGCAUCUUUUAAAAUGAGUCCAUUACUCUUUAUUUAAGUAGACCUUCCAUAUUACAUUUUGUUUAAACAUUUCUGUUAGAAACUCUUCUCAGCAGAAUAUAAUUUUCAGAAAAUGAGACUGCAGGUGCUUCUAUUGUGCAUACGUGCAGGCCUGUCACAUGUGCUUGUACAUACAGAGAUGGAAAGAUAUACAUGUAUGGUCACAUGUCCCAGACAAAGACAAGAUAUAGGGGCUCCUGUUCAGGACUUCUCGGACUUGAGCUGGCAUCAAUAGCCAUGGUGACUGUUUGCAUUAUAAUCCGUGCAAUCAGCAUAAGUCAUUAUAAAGUGUGCCUUGAAGCUCCUUAAGAGGCAGAGAUAGUAACACAGCAAAGUAUAGAGUUCUUGGUCUCCAAAGCUGUUUUCUGAUCACUGAUAUGAUUGUUGAAUAACAACUAAAUGUCAAGGUAUUCUUACAAGUCAAAAACAAGAUAUUUUAUUCCCUUCAUUAUUAUAUGUUCCCAGACUUGUUUUGAAAUCCUUAACAACUACUGUCCCAAAAUAUGAGUAAAUACACUUAUUUUUGAUUAGAUGUGCUAAAGUACACAUUCCCUUUUUCUGUACCCAUACUUGUCUUGGCCCGGCAGAGAAACAAAUUUCUUCAGGUUUAAUCACUGUCUCUGCCUCAUGCAAAAGUAUUAAAAGUAAAUAUUAAGUCACCCCUUACAUGUGAAGGAGCCCCAGCAUGGCUCAAUCUGUACAGCGCUGCUAAAAAGCAGUCAGGGAGCCAAUUGACAACCACCUACUUUUGGGGCUUUUUUUUUUUUUUUUUACUGUAGCCUUUAUCUAUUAAUGAUCAUGUGAAUCCAAACACCAAAUUGCAAUUACUUGAGCAUGUAAUAUUAUUAUGCACAUCGAUAUUCUGCAAAAUUAAGUUAUUUUUUCAGUUACAUUUCAACAGUUGGAUAAGCAAAGAAGUGCUACAUGCCUGGUGUGAAUUUAUGUUGGCCAGCAAAUUAUUAAUCACGGACUUGAAGUGUACCCAGACCCCCUUUUUUUAAUUUUUUUUUUUAGAAAAGUUGAAAUUGAGAAUAGAUUUUAGAGGAGCUAGAUAAAGUUGGAGCUGUCAUCUGUGAAAGAAAAAAAUUGCAUCAAUCACUAGAACAUUCUGUAGUGGCUGUACUACCUUUGUUGUGUUCAUGUUUUUAAUAGGUCAAUGGUUUUUAGAUUUAAAAAAGCAAAACUUUUUUUUUUUGUUAAUGUAAGACUGCAAAUAAACUUGCUAUGCUUUGGGUAUUUUGAACACGACAUCCAAAUAAGCCACUUUCUAUUUCCUGUUUCCUGAAUGUGUUAAAAAAGCUCAUUGUAAAGAUUUAAAAUGGUUCCUUCAUCAGCAAUGGAUGUAUUAUAAAGAUACAUUCUAUAUUUCAUUGUUUUAGGACUUAUUAUGAAACUUCAAUAACUUAAUAAAAUCACCCAAUCCUUGGAGUGCUGUCACACUUUCACGUUUUUGGAAGGUACACUAACAGCAACCCACCUUUCCCUCCUGUCUGAUUAUUCCUAGUAAGAGGAACUGUCACAGCAACUCUACUGUAGUGGCUGUGAGUGUGGGCAUGAGAAUUACCUAUCAGUGUGUUCUUCUCCUCCUGCCUGUAAACUAGGUUUUUGACAUACAGAGACAGUACAUUAGUAUUGAGUUGUGUGUCAAGAAUUUCAAUGACCAAAAGAAGGGAAACAAAAGCGUGUGACGUUUAAUAUAUUUAUAGUCGUGACCGAUACAGUUGCAUUUCUGAUAAUUCAAAUAUUUAUAGAAGACAUUUGCUCUCCUUGGGCGUAAUAAGUGUUCAGUAUUAUCAGAGCACUUGAAGAACGUUUUUCCUUUUCUUACAGUAUAAUAAUGCCACCUACUUGGCAAACUGCGUAUUCUGAUUGGCUACUGACAUUGUGUGCUCCGUGCUGCCAUUUCUAGUUUUAUCAGCACCCGACUUGAAAAUUGACUAUCGCCUCCUCAGUUAAAAUUGUCAGAUUGUUAUAUAGUAAUUGUUACUGAAUGUGUCACAUAACCUGCUUAGAUGAAAUGCCUCGUAGACUCUGAGUAUCAUUUUAAAGUGAUUUGUAUAAGUAACCAGUCUAGGGACAGUUGGAUUAAUGUUUAUUAAUAUCAACAUCACAAGGGGCAUUAAGGGUGAGUGCACAUGUGUUUGUGCACUCAUGAUGCGUUUUCCAUAUUUUUUCCGGCAGCUCUGCUCUCAUUUUACUCUGAACUCUUAUGUACUUUAUACAGAAAUCAAACUGAAGGCUUCUUUCAAUUUUAAAAUCAAAAGCACUUUUCUUGUUAUGACUGGUAGGCUCAUUCCACAUGGAUGCGAGCUAUUCUCUUAUCUGUUUUGAUGGACCAAUCUAAACACAACAGUGUCACGUCGGUGCCAUUGUGGUUUUUAUUUUAUUAUAAAGAGUCAUAAAAACAGAAUAAGGAAGUUAAAGUCUUUGCAAAGUGAAGAUGAUCAAAAAAAGCUCCACUUAUCUCCUGGGAGUACUUGAGUUUGUACAUAGGAUAGAUUUUGCUACAGAAGUCGCAGGGAAAAGGGUUUAUUUUGAACGCUCAGUAAAUAUAAACAUUUAAACUAGGAAUGUUUCCUUGCAAUUAUAAUUAAUUACUUUAUGAUGUCUUGCAGUACAAGCACAUCUAUUAAUUAUUAAAAUUUACGUUUUUUUCCGUUUGUUAGCUGUGAGCAUUAAUCACAUGUAAACAGGCUAAAUUAGUAUUGGUGAAUCGGGGAGUGCAGUAGAAAUAAUAAUGUGCAAUAUUAAAUAUUUUCUUCCAUUAAUGGACUGUACUUCGACCUUCAAAGACAUUGCAUGGAAUUUAUUUUAGGUUAAACUUCUGUCCAUCCAUUUGUAAUAUAGGGUGUUUGGUUUAAAGGGACCCUGUGGGCACCAUAACUUGUUCAACUCAUUGAAUUGGUUAUAGUGUCUGGAGUCCCCUGGCACUGUUCCACUAUUCAGCAUUAAACGGUUUUUAAUGGUUCCGCCAGCAGCUACUUGGGCUAAUGAGGAAGUAUUGCCCUGAGCCAAAAUGGGCAGCUCUGAUUGGACUAUUGUGUCAGGUGACCGCUUCCAGCCUAUCAGAGUGCAUAUUCAGACAUAAAAGCUAAUCUUUAACCAUACCUCCAAUGGGUGAGCGGCUGUGGGAAUUCAAGGUCCCUUAUUUAACUGGUCGAAAAGGUUAUCAGGGGACCCCAGACACUAUUGAAAAUCCAAUGCCGUUAAAGGUUUAUAGUGCCUUCACUGUCCCUUUAAGUUGCUAAAUUUAAAUAGAAUUAUAACAUCUGCUUUUCUUUUAUGCAGAAGCUCCCAAUUACAUUUGGGCUUUUAAAUGCUAUACCACUGAUAUAUUUGGUCUUGCCACAUCACCCAUUUGAGAAGCCAGGGACAUGCAGUUUAUUGCAAUGCGUUGCUAAACAUCUGCCACUCUAAUGUAAUUUGUAAUAAGUGAUUUCACUAAAUGACUAGUCACUUCUUCUUCCCUACUAUGAAUUGUUUGGACAGGUUCCAAAAAUGUGAUCUGAAUCUGUAAACAGCGAAAAACCUUGACCAAGAAUAUGCAUUUUGCAAAAAUAAUAAAUAUGAAGUAGGUGAUAGAAACAGAGUAAUUGUUUGCACACACAAGGUUUGCACAUACAAAGACUUUGGCUCAUACAAGGCCUGCUUUCCUUUACUCCUGUCAUAGUUUCACACUGUGAAGGUCAGGCCAAGCAGAUCUUCAUUGUCCAAAGCUAGGCUCAAUAAAUAACGGAAAACAAAGCAGUCUUAGUGCGCCUGGUUUGGGUGGACAUUUGCAGAAGACAAUGAUCUACUUCCUUGAGAUAACUUUCAGAUGCCUCAAGAAAUCCACAGGAGACAUUCAGAUAUGUAGGAUAGUUUGUGUUAUUGUUUAAAUACAUGAACAAACAAAUGUCAGUUUAAAAAAAACCAAAAAAACGAGAAAAGCGUUUCUACGGUAUAGUUUUAAAUAUAUACCUAUUCCAUGUCAUGUCACAAAUUGGCUCUACUUCUUUAACCUAACCUUGUUCAACCAGGCAUCUCGUUGAAUAUUUCUUUUGCAAUCUGACUCGUCUGCUCACCUUCAACCUGAUAUAUGCAAGGAUUACCUGCUGGUAAAAAAACCAAACAAAUUUAGGGAACUUGAUGAACUAAUGGACACACACGUUAGGGAGGCUGGCCUGUGGACUAUGGACACGUCACCAUUCACUUCCAUCAGACAGAAGCGUGAAGGGCACACGUUAACCAGUCUGAGUCAUGCUGACAGGCAAUGGCUUAUCAACCUCUUCCUCCCGUCACAGAGCAAGACCCUGCAGAGCAGUGAUUAUCCCCUUCUUUGUAAGGGCAUUCAUCCAUUUCUAUAGAGAAUGCUACAGCAGAGUUUAACCAUUACCAAAUCAGAAAUCUUGUUUGUCAUUCAUUAGUACUAUUUUUGCACGUCCUUCUGUUGGACUCCGCUAAAGAGCUGCUCGUGACGAAAAACAACUUAGACAAAAGUCACAUGGCAUCAACAUUUUUAGAGUCAUUAGAGGACAGACGCAUUAAGCUUUAAAAAUAUAAUGGCUAGCUAUGGCAUGUUAUAAAAAAAAAUAUAAACUUUCUUUUCCAGGAAACUUGAUGGUUAAGAAUCAAAGACAAACUAUUAAGUUGCUCAGACAUAGCUACAUAUGUAACAUGAAGGAUAAAAUAAUCCUUUGUUGGAGGUCAUCUUUCACAAAAAAAAACAUAUUUCUAGUAACCUGCAACUGCUGUGGUACAGUAGGCAACAUCUGUUAGCACAUUUUGGAGUAAUAAGAGUUUAAAGUGGUUUGACUUUUUUUGGGUAGGUUUGAGCAUAUAAUGCUAUUUUGAUAGCUGGGUGUUCAUUUAGGAUAGGAUAUCCUGUGUUGCGUUAAACUUAAUUCACUUCAGUAUAUUUUGCUAUGUGCAGUGGAAAUAUUUAAUUGUAUUGUAGAUGCAAAAACUUGCAGUGUGCCCAUCCGGCUUGUGUAUUUUUUACCACAGCGCAACAAUUUUCUCACUAUCUUAAAUUAACUGCAAAGUUUUGAUCCUCGUAUAAGACUACACUUGGUGACCCACUAAAUGCUGAUUCAUCACGCUAGGCAAAUCCUUUCACAGGAAAUUGUGGGUGGACGACAUUCGAUGGCCAAAAAACAAAUUGUGUUUUAACCUGUGUAACACUGCUGUUGAUUUAACAGUUUUUAUAACAGGGGAAAUAAAAACUAAUGUUCGAAAAGGUGAUGGUUUUGGUAAGUAGGUUAACACUGUAAAGUAAUAAAGCCUACAAAGGCCAUAGGAAAAAAACUUUAUAGAUUCCUUUUGGCCCAGGAGCUUCCAAAUGAGCUUUAUCCAAUAGCAAGUGAGCUAGUUACUUCCUUAAGAAGAAAACUCAGCAGUCCUGUCUGGGGUUUUGAAGUAAAUAUUCUAAGAUCACUUUUCUAUGAAAAUCUGCAUAUUAUUUAUAUAAAAGGUUUAGUAGAGCGGUAUCUCAGAGGAUGGUCUCUUUAGUGUAUACAGCCAUGUUAGAAGUGGGAUCCCUAAUUAAAUUCAUAGGCUAUGGUCUUCUCACUAUCCGCUAGGAAGACCGAAAUCCUCCAUACGUUUUUUCGUUCUGUUUAAAUUCUUUAUUUAACGCUGUCAAUCAGUAAGACAAAAGAUCAGUUUAGCCAAUGGCUGCAUGUAAGAAGACAAAAUAGCAAUAGCGAACAAGUCAACACAUAUGGUAAACAAUAGUAUGUAUCACAGGCAUAAGAUACCAAGCAAUUAGCAAGACCUAUAUCUUUUGUUUACAUGAUACAAUGUAUGUAUGUGCUGCAAUGCUCUUGACUGAGGCAGUUAUUCAAUUUUAAUUUAAACAAAUGAACAUAAAAACACGGUUUAACAAUUUCCUUGAAAAUAAUUCGCUUAUUACCAUCGCAUGAAUAAACCGUGCAUUAAAACCAACCCAGGGGACAGUUAAUAUUCUUCCCAUGAUUCCAUACUUAAGCAGAGAGCUUAUCCAUAAGUUACGUGUCCGUUAUUUUACCCACAACCCUGUCCAUCCCUGGAAGUUGAAUCCUCAUUUACAUGUAAGCCAGCGCUGUUCUAAAUGCCAGGGUGGUAUUGUUAUAUAACUUUUGUACAUGUAAAGCCUUCUACUGGCUUAGCAAGCAGAAAAGACCAUGGAUCCAAAUUAACAGGUCUGUGCAACAUUGUUGCUGAUAGAUCCUUGAUUCCCCCCAAACAAAAACCACCUUAGGGCAUAUCUACCUCAUAUGGACAUAUGGUGUCCAGCAUUCUGCAACCCCUUAUCUGAACAUAAAUAGUUAUUAUACAAAUUCUUAAAAAAAAAAAAAAAAAAGUGGGGAUUCUGAGCUGCCUGCCGAACUGUGUCCCCCAUUGCAAAGUCACGUAACUGUAUUUAUCGGAAGAUAAUUGGGCUAUUUCUUUUAAUUAAUCAAAUGAUCUGACUGUAGUGUUAUUCGAUAAGUCCAUAAAUCUUUGAAGGCCAGUGCUUCCUAAACCCUUAAUUACCUAGUCUUCAAACCUGGAAAGAAUGCUCUGUUCCGUAAAGUCGGAGUCAGAGGAGAAGGGUUAGAGGACAGAGAGUAUCCCACAAUCUAACAGAAUUAAGAAAGGCCAGACAUUGGGUGUGCAGAAAAGGUCUGUCUUCUCUAGAAACCCAAAUCAAAAACUGUGGCAUAUCUGAACCCAUGAACAAAGACUCCAGAGUAACCCACCGUCUCGUGUCGGGGCAAAAGCCACGUUGCUGUCUGGACUGCUAAGUAAUGGAUAUAUAAAUGUGGUAGGCCCAAGACUCUCCUCAAUUUAUAGAAUGAAGUAAAUUUUCUGCCUAUCCUAUGGCAUUUUGUUGCCAUAUAAAACUAUCUGUUUCAUAUUGUAGGUUCGGGAGCACCUGAAAGAAAAAUAUUCUCCUCCCAAUCCACUCUAUUGGUUUGACUAUCCAUGUAUUAGGAUCUAAAAUCAGUCUAGAAUUCCUGAUUGGUAACGGCCCGUCCUAUGCAGUGUGUUUGUUCUAAUUGUAGAAUGCCUCGUAUCUGCAGGGAUGUAUUGCAUUUUACACUGUUUGGGCUCCAAACUAAAUAGAAUUUGUUACUCGUGAAGAAGCAAAGGUUUUGUCACUAAUCGGUUAACACUCGUCUGUGGUUUGUACAAACAACUCAGUUGCUACAACAUAUGGUUACCAGUACAUAAUCAAAUGCUCUCUUGAGUAUAUUGAAACACAAUAGCCUACAUUUCUAACUUGAUUUUUAUCUACAUUACACUCAUUGCUAGGAGCAUACCUUUAAACAUACAAAUGUGCUUUUCUGGAUGUUAUCGUCCUGUUUUACUUUUCUUUUUCCUUCGAGUUUAAUUCUUAAUUAUAGUAUCAUAUUCUGUAGCUGGGGGUUAAUGUUGCAUUCUGUUUUCUAUUCCUCGAACUUGACUGUCUGAAAAAGAGUACCCCAAGGUCUUGCGUUUUUAAGGAAGUUUACGUUUGAGAGUAAAAAAAAAAAAUAAGAAUAGUAUCCGUGGAAAGGAAGUUGUUGAACAAUAGUAUCUUUUUUGGCGAAGUGAAAAAUAUAUGGAGGUCCUGAAGGAUUUUCAAGGAAGUUCGUUAAUCAAAUUGCUUAUUUUUUGUCCUUUAGUAAGAGUUUGCAUGUUUUGUUUGUCACUGUCGCACCAGAGCCAAUGUACAGUAUAAAGAUCUAAAAUAUCAGGAAUUGUAUUUAUUUUUUACAUUUUUUUUUUUAAUUUCUUUUAGAGUUGAAUGAAUAGUAUGCACAAUUUUCAUUUAAAAAACGUGAUAUUUUAUUGGUUAAUAUAAAAUGAUGGUAAAAACACACAUUUCAUUUGUCAAUAAAGAAUUGUGUCCAAAAUUCCUUUACUGUGGAAAAAGAUCUAUUUAAUUUAAACCGUCCAACAUUAGACUUUAACCCCUUAAGGACCAAACUUCUGAAAUAAAAGGGAAUCAUGACAUGCCACACAUGUCAUGUGUCCUUAAGGGGUUAAUAUGAAAUGAUCCUGGUUUGUGCUGUAGACUCAUUUCCUGUAUAACAGCUUACUAAUAUACAUUUGCCACAAACAUUUAUGUGAUUUAAACCAAUUUACAGUUUACCCUUGCAAAUAGUCAUUUGUAACAUAGUAGAAAAUGUAACUAACAAAAGGGUAUAUUCCAUUAGUAUCUCUCAUUAUUGAUACUCUAUAUUCCUGUGAAAAUUGACAUUUUAGUCGUGUACAGUAAAUUAACUCCAUGUACCUGCAAAAUUGGGAUACUUUAAAAUAUACAAAAAACAGAACUCCUCUCACUUCCACCUUGUUUAACCCUUUGAGUGCCAGAUGUGUGCGCUCAACCCUUGCAGUACAAUGUUUUGGGCACCCCUCUGGCACUCAAAGGGUUAAUCACAGUGGGGCUCAAAGUGUCUGAUGGUGUAUUCCACACCAGGUGCUGUUUUAUAGUGUUGAAUUUUUCUUUCUCUGGUUAAUUUCAGCACUCAUCUGAGAAGCUGAACAAAGGUGGCAGCUUGUUCCCCUACGAAAUCAAUGGUAAGUAUUUUUUUGUGAAACCGUAGCAGAUUUGUUUCAUUUCUUUUAAAAAGAGAACUUAGGUAUACAGUGGUGUUUAAAAAAACAAAAAAACAAAACAAAAAACAAAUCAGAUGCAAUGGAAAGAAGACUUGAAAAUUCAACCUCAGAGCCUGUUGGAUUCAGCCGCUUUCUAACAGUGCUUUGGACUCAAUAGCUGAUGCUGGUUUUGUAAGCUGCUUUACACAGUAAAAACAGUCCAACAUUUCGGAAUGCUGUGGAUGGCAUAUUUCAAGCUUUUCCUCUUAUUGUAACACUUAAAAAAAAAAAAAAUACAAUCAACCAGGUGGCUCUCAGACACAAAAGAAAAAAAGAAAAAAAAUCAGGCUUCCUUGUUGCUCCUGAAAACAAUCAAUAUUGGUACUAAAACGAGCUAAAAAACUAAAUUUCAAACAUUAAAUCAAACAAAAGUAAAUAGGUGAAGCUUCCAAAAAGGUCCCAUGCCUACCUAUAUUUGAUUUUAGCGGAUUCAGUUUACCUAUUGAUUCCUAUGUCUUUUGCCUCUAUGGGUGAAAUGGAUCUGCUUCGGACGAUUUUUGGGACUAGCCUCUGUUGUAUGUUCCUGGGUGUAGAAUAAAUCUCAUGUCCUUAUAAAGAUUCAUUAAUUAUAGUUCCAGAUAGGAGAUGGUGGAUAUCAAUAUUUAUAGAAAAUAAAAAUGUCUGUAAUUUAAAGAUUGGAAUUAUUUCCAUUCGUACCAUUCAGUGCAUCCUAUAGCGAUGCAACUAUUGUGAGCACUUGAUUUUCCCCAUGUUUUUCUCCAUAAUUUACUGAUCUGUACAAAACACUAUUUUGUAAUGCAUGUUUAAGUUUGAUUUUGCAAGAUUUUAACAACUUUCUUUUUCUUUUCUUUUUUUUUGUCUUCUUUCAUACUUUAUCUUUGCAGAAAAUGAAUCUCCUUGGAAAGACAGCGGCUACCCACUCAGGAAUGAACUUAACAAGAAUGACCUAUUGUCCUUCGGAGUGUGCCCUUUUAGCUCAGGCAUUGGCCUGCAAUGGCAGAAAGAGUCCUCCAAUAACUCUAUGGUAUCUGGAUGGAUAAGUGAUUUUAAUCUCAAUGACAGCUUUGGGCAGCCUCUGGCACCACCAACCAAAAGGCAUUGCAGGUCAUUGUCUGAGCCAGAUGAACUGUCUCGCUGCUGGUCACCUUGGAAACCCAGUUGUUCCAAAGUUUGGACUUCUGUAUCAAAGAGACGAUGCAACAGUGGUGGUAGUACUACUUUGCAACGAUGCAACAGCCAUGGCGCUGCCACCCUUCAGAGAAGCACAAGUGUCAGCCUGCCACCAAAUGCCCUGUCCAACAACAACCACCUAUUUGCAGUCACCACCUGCAACAUUUCCCCUGUUCCAAGGCCAUCAUCUGCCAGCAGUGGAUUUGUGGACAGUAGCGAAGGAAGUGUAAAUUCUAGCAUCCACAUUAACUCUGGUGGACCUUGUGAUUUCAACCACAAAAGACGCCUUUCCCUUUCUCAGGAACAUAUCAAGGAGAAUGGAGACCUCUUGCCUUCAGCCAACAGCACACCCACCUCAACUCCGGAACUCAUCAGGCGUCAGGGCUUGCUGAGGUGCCGUUCCCAGCCAUGUGUGCUCAAUGAAAGAAAGACCCGUCUAAAACGCAGACGCGACGAGGAUGUCAGAUGGAGCCGGCCUUCUUUGAACUUUUUUAAAAUGACCAGGGUAAGUCUUGCUCCUAAACCAUCUCGUAGCAAACAGUUUGUUGAGGUGACCAACUAGUUAUGUAUAUUUUUUUUAUCUCAGAUGCUUGAGUUAUUCUAAGUAGAAGUGAAUAAAUUGUGCAGGGGAUAAUAUUAAUUUUUUUAGAACUCAUCAAAUUAAAUACAAAUAUGUAAGUAUUCUUAAUUUUUGCCACUUUUAUCGAAAUUUUUUUUGAAAAUAUGCCUGCAUAUGGAUAAUAACUUGUUAAUGGUAUAUGUCUGGACAUUUUUUGCAAUCGACAUACAAGCAUAACGUCAAAACUCCUUCCAUUACUUUUAUUUUUCCAAUUUCCGUAUUACCACAGUCAUGUAUGACCACAGUCCAUUUUAUAUUUAUAUAUUUAACUUAUAUCCAGUAUUGUUUAGUGGAUUGCUGAAAGAAUUUCAGAAAUGUAAAACACCCAUUUUUAUCGCUCUGAAAAUAUAUUAAAUCCUGCCAAAUAAUGGUUCUUGUGGCAGUAUUGUGAAGAUAUUGCUUUAUUUAAUCUGGAUUGUCUUUCCAUUCUCAUUUUAGCCUUAUCUUUUGGCUGCUGGGCAUGGUGAGCAAUUGGGAUUUAAAAUGAUUGUACAAAGGGAGGGACUGAGCCUUGUUUUGCCACAGGACAUAACGUCUAGCAGUCUGUGUAUCAAACUUGAGCUAUACUGAAGGCUGACUCAGCAGGUCAAAUAUCAGUGAAUUAAUGCUUAUCCUUGUUCCAUAGUAGACAAACAAGUCCCAUGGUACUCAGUCAGCCCAUGGGUGGUGGGUGAUCAUCGAAGUUGUUGUAAUUGGCUGAUCACAAGCGGUUAUUGAAUCUUCUAUAGAAUAUCUGACAUGCCCUGGUAGACAUAUAGGGUAAUGAUUUAUUUCCUCCAUGUACUAACUGAAAAUAGGGAAUAUUUGUCUCCAGUCUAUGCGUAGGCUACACUUUAGAUAGAAAAAAAAUUGAAACUAGAGACCACAGUUUAGCAUAUAGGAUGAGUGUCUGUAUUUUAACAUUGUCAGGGUUACUAACCAAAGUGAGAAUUCAAAGUGAAUUGCAAAUUUAAAGGGACACUAUAGUCACCAGAACUACAACUUAUUGAAUCUGUUAUCUUUUCAGAGAAAAUGCAGUGUUUACAUUACAGCCUAGUGAUACCUCCACUGGUCACUCCUUAGGUGGCUGCUAAUGGUGCUUCCUGGGGCAGUGCUGUACACCCUCUGCAUGGAGACACUCAACUUUCCUCAUAGAUAUGCAUUGAUUUAAUACAGCUCUACAAGGAUAUGCUGAUUGGCCAGGGCUGUGUUUGACUGCUUAAGUAUUCCUCAGCAAACACAGGACAUGCGGUCAAUACAGAAAUAUCUUAAAUUGGCCCAUACCAGACUGCCUGUGGUCUGUCAAAGCAGGGUACCUCUCGCUUUUUCUUCUAACAAACACCAAAUUUUUUUUGUACUGCUUAGUAUAGUCCAUCUGUUCUUCCACUCCAAGGUUUCAAUUAUGUUCCAUCAUGGUUUUAAGAGGAUCUGGCCUACAUUUCAUUAAGAACCAAUAAUAGAAAUAGAAAUAGUAUUACUCUUGGCGUUUAAUAGACCCAUGUCAUACUUUUAAAACUCUCUAGAACAGUUAUUGUAAUUGGUUCUUCUGUAUGACGUUACUUUGGAUUGAAUGUAAUGGAGAUUAAGCCAGUCUAAAGCUAGAAGUGCGAAUGUUUCUGUGCCUAAACUUGCUCUGGAUGGAACCUAGAAAGUCCCAGCCCAAACUAUUCUAGAAACCCCCCAAAUUACUAGCUACUUACUAAGCUUAAGAGCCAUGAUCUGGGAAAGGGGGAAGGAGAGGGGUGGGGAUUCACCUGUUUCUCGCAAACUUCUGUAGAACUGAUCUUUCAUAGUUGUAUACUUGUCUAAACUUGACUCGAGGCCUUUGCUGCGAUAAUGAAUGAAAACAUCUUAGAUACAUGGAAAAUAUACAGCUCUAUUAUCUUUUAUCUAGCUCAGCGGUUCCCAAAGUGUGGGUCGCCGGGGAGUCAGGCAAGCAGACUGAUCAGGAGGGGGACUGGCGGCUUUCCCUGGAUGCCGACGGGCUCCCUCCAAUCAGUCUGCCCAGCACCUCCGGUCUGGACCGUGUGAUGGAAGUCUCGCGAGCACCCAGAGCGUUACCAUGGCCACACUCGGGGAGCUCGCAAGACUUUUAUAACACUGUCUGCAGCUCUGCAACUGGCGGAGCUCAUACCGGAGCGUUAACCCACUGGACCACCAGGGAUGUUUAAAGAAGGCAGGGCACACCCCCACCCCCCAAACAAUGCACACCCCCACUGUAACCCCUACUCUGCCUGCCCUCCUCCCCCCCACUGUAACCCCUUCUCUGCCUACCCCCCCACUGUAACCCCUUCUCUGCCUACCCCCCCACUGUAACCCCUUCUCUGCCCCCCCCACUGUAACCCUUCUCCCCUGCCCUCUCCCCACACUGUAACCUUUUCUCCCCCUGCCCCUCUCCCCACACUGUAACCCUUUCUCCCCUGCCCCCCACACUGUAACCCUUUCUCCCCCUGCCUGCCCACUGUAACCCUUUCUCCCCCUGUCUGCCCACUGUAACCCUUUCUCCCCAUGCCUGCCCACUGUAACCCUUUCUCACACUGCCCCCACACUGUUACCAGUACACACACUCCCUCCCACACUGUCACCCUCACCUCCUGUCUCUGCGUGUCCUUUUGUGUCAGUUUGUGUGUGGGAAACUAAGUGUCAUUGUGUGUAUCGCUGUGUCAAUGUGUGUAUUUGUGUCUGUGUGUGUGUAUACACUGCACACAUAUUCCAUACAAAAAACAUGCUUACAUUCAAACACACAUUGUGUAUAUGAAUAUUUUAUAAACACAAUAUACACACAUUGCAUCCACUACACACACACACACACUGCAAUCAAACUCAAACAUUACAUACAAACACACCCCUGCAUUAGAACACUAAAAUGAUCUACAAACACCCCUUCAUUCAAACACCAACACUACACACAAAAGGCACACCUGCAUUUAAAGUCCUACACUACAUAUACAUACACCCCUGCAUUCAGACGCAAACAUUACAAACAAGUACACCACUACAUUCCAAUGGCAACGGUACAUACAAAUACACCCAUACAUGCACACAUAUACUUAAUACAAAAACAUGAUUACAUUAAAACGCUCAAACACUGCUCACAAAUAUAACCCUGCAAUGAUGCACAAAUGGUAGAUCCCCAUCUGGCAUUGCAUUGUUGAAGUUCUCCGACAGAUGGAGAUCUACCUUUUGGCCACACUUGCACUAAAGGGGGGCCUGGAAAACAUGCUUGCACCAGGGCCCUCUCUACAUUAGUUCCACCACUGGGAUAAUCAAUGUGAGGUGCCUGGAUGAAAGAGCAGGACAACAGCACUUCUGAUUCUGAGUCUGUGAGUAAGCAGUUGUAGGUCUCUAAAACUGAUUGUCAUAAUGUGCCAAGUUUCUGCCUCUAAAACUGCCAUGAUAUAUCAAAAUGAUGCCUCUAAAAUUGCCAUGUUAUGCCAAUUUUAUGCAUCUAAAGCUGAUUGCCAUGGUGUGCCAAUUGUAUGCUUCUGAAACUGAUUGCCAUGGUGUGCCAAGUUUAUGCAUCUAAAGCUGAUUGCCAUAGUGUGCCAAGUUUAUGCAUCUAAAGCUGAUUGCCAUGGUGUGCCAAGUUUAUGCAUCUAAAAGUGAUUGCCAUGAUAUGCCAAGUUUAUGCAUCUAAAAGUGAUUGCCAUGGUGUGCCAAUUGUAUGCAUCUAAAGCGUAUUGCUAUAGUGUGCCAAUUGUAUGACUCUCGAGCGGUUUGCCAUGGUGUGCCAGUUGUAUGCCUCUGAAGCUGAUUGCCAUGGUGUUCACUUUUUAAAAUACGCAUUAAAAGCAAGUGGAUCUCGAAAAAUUACAGUUUUGAAAAGUGGGCCUCGACUCAUAAAAGUUUGGGAAGCCCUGAUCUAGCUGAUCCAUAAGGUACAGAACAAGUACAGACAGCCUCUGCCAGUCCAGCUGCUGUGGAAUAUGAGUCCACUAAAGGCUGGAGCGAUGAAUCUCAUUAUUCCACAGCAGCUGGAGAGAUUACUUAUUCCUAGUGUGGACUAUCAUACUUAUGCAUGUGUUAAAGGCAGGGAUGGCCAAAAGUUAGCUCUCCAACUGCACCUCCCUAGGCAGGCAGAACAUAUUGGGAAAUCCAACCUUGCGAACUCUUUGCCAUAAGUGCUGUAAACACUUCCAAUAUCUGUCCAAUCUGCUGAGAUAGAGAACGUACACGGUAUAGCCCUAUAAACGAAUCCAUGUGUUGUAUAUCACGUUAUAUCUGUUACCAAAGUGUGUUUCAUUCCAAGUAAAGAAACAAACUUUCCAGGGGUUUAUAGUAAUUUAAUUUUUCAUUCCAGCCAGCCCCCAUGCUGUGAUCUGACCUACCUGCAAGCAUGCGAAAGUAUGUGAAAUUAUUCUCCAAAGGACAACUUUUAAAUAGCAUUCAUUGCAUGUGUAUAGAACGCUAAGGUUUCACCAAAUUUUCAUGAAAUUUAGCUUUUGGUCCUUAUGAGAUAAAGUUUGAAUUUAGAGCUCUCCUGCCACACAUGCAGACACACACAGGCUUAUAUUCAGUGCUUGCUGUCUGUCAGUGACCUGAAGGAAUAGAGCACAAUAGACCUCUACAUACUGGAAUUCCAAAAACCUUUCAGUUCUGAACUUAAAGGGACACUAUAGUCACCAAAACAACUUUGGCUUAAGGAAGCGGUUUUAGUGUAUAGAUCAUGAUCCUGCAGUCUCACUGCUCAAAUCUCUGCAAUUUAGGAGUUAAAUCUCUUUUAUUUCUGUCCCUGCAGCCGUAGUCAUCUGUCCCCUGGCUGUGACGCACUCACUUUCAAUUAGAUGUAACUUACUUUAAAAAUUAUUAUUGCCUGCUCUCUAAAGUGAACAUUUAUUAUACGCAGAAUGUUUCUGUGGGGUCUAGCAAGCUAUCAACAGUGCAGAGGAAAAUACAUUUUAAAUUAAAUACAAUUCCUAAAUGAAGGAAGUAUAAACAUUAGCUGACUCUUUACAGGAAGUGUUUAGGAAGGCUGUGGAAGUCACAUGCAGGGAGGUGUGACGAGGGUGCAUAAAUAAAGUGAUUUAACUAAAUGGCAGAGGAAUUGAUCAGUGACACUGCAGGGAAAUGAACUAUACACCUAAACUGCUUCAAUAAGCUAAAAUUGUUUUGGUGACUAUAGUGUCCCUUUAAAUAUCCAUUGUACAACAAAUCUGGGUGAAACAGUGUUUUUAGAAUUGGCUUAAGCUAUCAAAGCCAAAAUGGAAUUGUUGGUAUUUUUUUGUUACCUCUACAUUUAAAUGUAUUUAUAAUACUGCAUCAUUUUUUUAAAUAUAUAUAUAUAUAUAUAUAUAUAUAUGUGUGUGUGUUACAGAUCAUUUGAUAAUUUGGGGUAAAGUUUGUGUUUGAAAAAACAGGGAAUGGCUUAUGUGCUAAUUUUAAAAUGUUAGAAAGAUCCUGUUGCCUUUGAUAAAAAAAUAUGCAUAUAAUUGUACAGAGAACUUUUCUUUCUUUCUUUUUUUACACACAAAGUGUAGUAGAUGCGUGGAAUAGUCUUCCUGUAAGUAUGUUAGACUAAUUCCAUUCCAUUAUGGUGUGUCAGCUACACCAUUCUAAUUCCUUUCUUAUGCAUCAUGAUCUGUUUACAAAACUACAGUUUCAUCAUGUACAUAAUUUUAUUUUUAUUUAUAUAUUUUGAAAAUUUGCAGAUUGCUUUGGAAAUAUGGUCACCAAAAUGCUGUUUGCUGAUCACACCAUUGCAGCUACAAAUUCCCUAUAUAUGCAUCAUAGUUCAUAAAGCUAUACUGAUCCAUGUUUCCUCAAGGCAAUCAAAUGCUCUAUUUUAUUUUAUUUCUUUCAAAUUUUGUUAUGCGUGCUAAAAUGUUUUUUGAAUGGUGCAUUACAUUUCCCAGUACUCAACUACAUCCUUUCAGUGCAACCAUUUUGAUUUGACUUACCAUGCCAUUUGGUUUUAAAUAUAAAUCUUCCUUUCCCGUAUUUAGUGACAUUAUUAGAUGUAAAAUUGUGUGAUUGAUUGCUAGUGUAGGAAAAUCUGAGGCUUUUUCUGCCAUUUGACUUGCUGGUACUUGACACCUGUAUCCCAAGAAUUAAAAUGCCAGCCAAGGUGCAUAUUGGGUUUCAGUUCAGACAGACAAACAUGAGCUUGUGAAUGGGAGGCCUUCAUAUUUUCCAGCUAAUAGUUUAGCGAAAAUACGUUAACUAAUUUUUUAAGACAGCUGUUUGACCUUGCCGGAAAUAAAUCUGUGGGCCCUUUGGGAAUUUCUACCAUUAUCUAACAAUUCUGGCUCAGUGCUCCAGUUUGUGCGGCCGACCCGGCAAUAAACCAUUCUUCUACUUUCUCCUGCACGCAGAAGAUAAACACCAAGUCUGAUAUUUCCAGCAGAAAACCGUCUCCUUCCGCCAAAAUAGCUUUAACGUGUGCAUUCAAGAAUAUCCGGAACUAUUUUGCAUUAUUUGGGCACGGAUUGUGUGUAUGCAGGUUAAAGCCAGCCGUUAAAAAUAAAACUGUGUUGUAGAAGAGAGUGAUUUAUUGAGUUGUGUCCCAGCAGGCUUCUGUCUCUUAUUAGUUAUCUAUAUUCUCAUUAAUCCUCAAAGUUUGGCCCACUCGCAUGCUUCCUGCAAUGAGCACUGCAAGUAAGUGAAGAUAAUAAAAUUAAAUUAAAUUACAUUUUUAUUUUUGUUGGGAGGCAUUGGAUGCUAGUUGGUUAUAGCACCAGAGAGUGCUCAUUUAAGCCAAGUUCAAUAGACUAUGGCAGGGGUAGGCAACCUUUUAGCAGCACUGUGCCGAUAUAGGAUUGUGAUGUCCCGUAGCGUGCCGAUACUAUUUUUUUUAAAUUGAGGUGUGUAUGCUGCCGUAUUCUGCUUGUUAUUUUUACUGUAAUUGCUUUGUAUCGUUGUAUUUGUGCGUAUAUUGUAUAUGUUCAUUAGUAGUUUAUGGUAUCUUGUAUGAUACAUAUGAAUGUGGGCUGUGUAUGAGGGCUGCUUGUGGAAUUGUGUGUGGAUGGAUCUGUCACACUGUGUGUUUGGUAGUGUUUGGGGGCUGUUUGGGAUAUUGCAUGUGAGAGCCUGCAUGUGGGGUUGUGUGCAUGUGUGUGGAUUGUUAGUGGUGUUGCGUUUGUGGGGAUUGUGUGUGUGUAUGUUUGUGUGUGUGCUGUUAUUCUGCAUUUCUGUGUAUAUCUAGCAGUGUGUGUGGCUUCCAUGGGUUCUAGUGGGGACCAGACUGGCCAGUUACAGGUCAAGGACAGGAGCUGCAACACCAGCUGCGGGCUGCUCUACUACAGUGUGGAUUCCCAUCUAUCCUUAAGUGCAUUCUCCAUGUUGGCUUACAUUGCAAAAUGUAGCAAUCCCAAUAGUUGUUACACCAGCUUUCUUCUUCAGAGUUCACAUUAAUCUUGGCUGAGUCUUAAGUUCUAUUAAUAUUAACCAGCCCUUUGUCCGUUAGUCUGUGUGUGUGUGUGUGUAUAAAAUAUACGUGUGUACAUAUACAAAUGUAUUUUAACCCCUAUUUUUUAGUAGCUUGUAUUUUGUGAUGUACGGUAUACUCUGACAAUAAGCAGUGUUUUACGUUUAGGGACUGCAUGUUUAUUUUCUUCUAUUCUAAACAUCCUGCAGGAUGAAUUCUUUCUUUUUUUCUAGUAAAACCUGGCUCUGGUUUAUUUGUAUGCUAAUAAAUGAGCUACAUUUUAUUUAUUUUUUUCCUUUUUUAUCCUGGCCUACAUAACAUUUACAUAACAUAUUUUCCACUCGACCAUAUGAUUGCAUUUGCCAUUUAGUAUAAAGAAAAUUUUUCAAUGCAGUUUUGCAUGGAAGAGCUAUUGAUGGACUACAAUUCCCAAGAUCCUUCUCACCUAUAAGGUGUCUAUCAUCAUGCAAGCUGCAGGUUGGUUAACCUUGAAGUGAUCAUUACUCCUGGCUUAAAAUACCAUGUUAGUGGCCUGCAAUGUAAACUCAUUAAGCAAAGGAAAGAUAUGAAUUCUUCUGCUUUUUAGCGGUUAGUGAGUCACUUCCCCAGUGUUAACAGUGACCAAAGUUAAGUUUCCAGAUGACAGAGCCUAUGUGGUAUCUUGCAUGUAAGAACAGCUGGUAAUCAGUCUUUCUCUACUUGUCAUCUGCUUUGAAUGGUAAAAAGUUAAUGUUUAAACUCCCCAGCACACAAGGAUUGUGAGAAAUGAACUAUAUAUAUUCUUUUGUAGCUGUCAUUUACAGAGCUAUUCAAUCAUAAGGUGCUGUGAAAAUCUCCAUAUAUAACCAAUAGCGCGCACACACACAUACUGUUUUUUAUUUUCAAACAUAUAAUAUAGAUAGGAACUAGACUUUUGCCUUCCCCACCAUCCUUAUGUUGUUUUUUUUUGUUGUUUUUUUUUUGUAGCUUGUCACCAUGGCAACCCUAAAAGGUUGACUGAACCACAGUCCUGCAAAAAAAAAAAAAAAAAGACUUUUGAAGAUCAGAAAUAGGCCCCACUGAAUUGGCAGCCACGUUUUUUUAGGUCAGAUCUCAAGGAGUUGGGGUACCCUGUUGGACUUGUGCAUAAACAAUUCCAGCAAGCCAUACCGGCACUCCACUAAGUCAAACCCAGGUGCAGCUCUCUGGGUAGCCCCAAGCUUCUCCAGUACUGUACAGCAAUCACAAAAAGGAAAAUAACACUGGCUAAAGUUUCACAAAAUAGAUUUUUAUGCAACUUUGCUCUGUGUUGUAACUUUAUUGUGAUUGCUGUUGACAGUCACUAGGGCACAAUUUGGAAGGCCUUGGUAUGGGAUAUCUACCCUUACUAGUUUUUAUUUUAAAUGCCUGCGUUUGUGAUACUUUUUUUUUUUUUCUAUUAUUUUUUGUUAAGUAGGGUGUAAACCUGUCAAUUUCACUGCAGUCUGUUUAACAUCACCACAGACUCACGAUGCUGGGAGUCCUAAGGCAAAAGGGCCAUGUUUCCAUUCAAACGGUCUCCGUCAUGCUACAUUCCAGCUUUGCAAAGGUCAAAGGAAGGGGUGAAAUAAAUGGUAAAAGUGUUUUGUAAACUUGAAGUUACAUGCUGCUUCUCUUUUUAAAGAGACUCAAAUAUCUUGUACCCUGCGUGUCCUUAUAUGAAAGCAAAAUGCUUAUGUAAAUGCAGGAAAUAUUAUGGGUGCGGGGGUGCAAACAAAACCCGUUUUAUGGGAGUCCCACUGUGUUGGUAGCAUAUCCAAGUUUUUGUUUUUUUAGAUUAGGUGAUGAGAUGCAGAAUCUGUUUAGGCAGUGUAUUAAAAGGGCUCAAAAUUUUACUCGCUCCGUGGGGGAGUGGCUAACCCACUGCAUUGGGUUCCAGCAGAUGUCAUCACCCAAGAGGAGCUGCAAUAUCAAUAAUUUUGGAGACAUAUUUUUAGUAUAGUACAUCGGUACACAUUGUGUGUUAGCUUUGAGUUUCAUAUCCUAGUAUUUUUAUUUACAUCACCCUCACUGCCACCACUCACACAAUUACAUAUAGAUUAGCACUUAGAUUUACAAAAACAAUCUAAACCUCCGAUAUCAACAACUUUCCAUUCACUAUAUGUUUGCAUAAUUGCUUUGCACACACAUGUGCUGAUUUCGUAUGAACCAGUUUAUUUCAAGGAAGCAAUAAUCGUACGAGCACAUAUUUUUUUUUCCUCCUUCGUCAAAGCAGAGUGUUUUUCCUGUAUUUUGUCCAUGUUAGUCACUUUGUAAGAAAGUAGUUUUAUAGAUAUCUUAAUAUUUUUUUUUAUCAGUAGAUAGUGGGUGUGUUCAGGUAUCCGUGCAUCUGGUGAUUGGAAGAAUUGUAAGGAUUAAAAAAUGGCCAAGUCCAGCAUGGCACAACAUCGCUGUGAUAACAAAGAUGCUGGCUGCUUCCUAUAGUCGAACAAAAAAAAUCUGCUAUAAUUAAAACUUAGGCGAUUCUACUCACCUGACUCAUUGCCAUAUUAAAGUAUCUACUUGUUUUGCCACCCCCUGAUCAGAGCCUUGUACAGUUCAGCUCACAGGUUUAGAGUGACUGGACUGUGUUAACUGUGAAUUUUGAACUUUAAAAUAGUUUUAAAGAUUCCUCAGGUAGCCAUUUAUUUACAUUGCAGUUUUUAAGCACUGUAUAAGUAAGCCAUUUCCAUUGGCAAACUAGGUCACCUAUUAAUCUCUGCUAACCACUUAGGUUACAGCCCUAAACAUACAAGGAUUUUUUUUGUGUGCUUAAGGUCCAGUGUUUCACUGACCCUGCUAUUGAAUAGCUCUUUGGGGGCAACUCAUUUUAUUAUCUGAUGUGUGAUAGUUGUCACAGUUGAUGAGAUAAUAGGCCAAUACUUUUUUUUUUGUUUUUUGUUUAAACAGUGGUUAAUUAAGCCAUUUAUAGGAAACCUUCAGUGGGCAGCGACUACAAAAUAUUUUUGACACAGGGGAAAAUAAACUAUACAUUGUGUGAAAGGUGAGAUAGAGUGGUUGAUGGGCCGCCAUUUUCCCCAAGGGCUCUUUCAUACAUGAUGAAAGUCUUGCCAAAUUGGAAACAAACAAUGCUAUGAUGAAAUGACAUUGAAGACUUUGUGUGUUUUUCCGCUGUUUGAGAAUUCAGAACAUCUCCAAGGUGUGUACAAUUAUUUAAGUUGACUUUGGCAAACCCCAGUCUGAAUUCAAUUUAACACCAGGCUCAGGAUCAUCCAACACCACAUCAGUAUUUUUAAACAAUGGCUGGCAGUGUCAAUUUUUUAUUGUGCUGUAUCCUGUUUAUUAAAUAUUUUUAGUUAGAUUUGUAUAUAAGAAGAAGCAACAAAACAGGUUGCCCAUUUUACUGUAUAUAAGAGCUGUGAAAUUUCUGUGUAAUGUGCCUUUUUAUAGCAUAGGACUCAAACAAAGGAAAUCAUUCUUCAAUUGAUGCAGGAAAUAUAAAUACAUGUAAGUUUUUAACUCAAAAGUAGUCUGCAAAAAAAAAAAUCCCAGCCAUUGAGCAGCAACUCCUAUGAUGCUCAGAUGUCGUGAUUAGAUAAGUGCAGGAUAUUAACUUGCACAAUCCGUUCUUUCACCAGCAUUUCCUGGCAUGUAAAAAGAUGUUGCAGAAGUAAUCUGAAAGUGUUGUAACCUUUGUUUGAUAUUCUGUUGUAGAGUGUAUAUAGUUUAUAUUUAUGUACAUUUAUAAGAUCGAUGAGUACAUGUUCUCAGCAGGUAGUGUAGAUGCCCACUGGUGAAUCAACACAUUUGGUGUUCAUGAAUAUCUAAAACAAAAUUCUUUCUCAUGAGCUAAAUUGUAUAAUUUUGAUUUAACUUGAUUUUUCUUCUCCUAAAAAAUAAGAAAAAAACAAAACUGUUAUUUUAGCAUAGGAAAACCCCCUCUCCAAGCAUGCAAGAUUUUCUUGAUCUACUUUUUCUGAUCUGCCCCAUGGCAUUAGGACAAUGCACAUGGUACUUCAGCAGGUGAUGGUUUUCCCAAAGUGUGGCCGGCCAUGAAGAUAGUUAGCAUGGCAUCCACUUAUACUUAUUCUCCUCUUUUAUAUGGCCCAUCUCUCUUUCCAGAGAGGACUUUUCCUUUUGAGUGCAGUCUAUGUAUGAUGUGAGUCUUGUCAUUGGCACACCCCAUAGGUCCACCGACCUACUUUACGAUUUCAUAUAUCCCAGUUUUGAUUGGUAUGCAUGGGACCAUCCUGGAAAAUGUAACACAACAGAGCCACACGAGCAAAGAUUAGCCCAGCAUUGAACUUGGGACCUUGAUGGUCAAGUGCAAUCUUGGGUUAAUGUCCGGGACAUUACCCCUUCCUUGAAAGUAUGAUGGCUGAUAAAGUUCACUCAGUGAGACCCUUUAGAUGACACAAACUGUCAAGUGGUACUUUGUUGUAUGAUUUAACCUCUAAACUUGAUUUCCUUCUCUUUUCUACUUUCCCAAACAUUCGCAAAAGAACAAACAGUCCCAAUAAAAGGGAACUUUAAAAAAAGGCUGCCUGUUUUGAUGUGCCUUGAUUGUAUACCGCUUUGAGGACACAAAGUAUAUAUACCAUAUGUAAUCUAGUCAGAAUGUUCCACAUUCCUCUGAAAUUACUUUAAACACUCGGAAAAAGAGAUUUGCUCUCAUGGAAUGUGAAGUGUCCAUCACUGUUUUGAUCUUUCUUGCUUUGCCAAAUUACUGAUGACCUCAGCAUAUGAUUUAAUACUAUGUGAUAUUAUCCUAGUGCAUAUUAAUACAAAAAGACAUGGUUUGACUUAAUGGCCAUGUCUUUAUUUUUACCCUCAAGCUUCCCUAACUUCGUAAUUAUGGUCAGUGCUUGGGAUAAUAACACAAAAUCCUCUGUUAAAAAAAUAUUAUUUUCCAAGCUUUGAAGACCUAGUUAGGGAUCUCAGAUGGACAACAUUUUAUUUUUGUGCUACUUUAUCAUAAGACACAUUUGUUUUAGUAGUUAAAUGGACAGCAUAGUCACCAGAACAACUACAGCUUAAUGUAGUUGUUCUGGAGAGUACAGUAAACACUGCCAAUUCAGAGAAAAGGAAGUGUUUACAUUGCUGCCUAGGGACACCUCCAGUGGCAGUCACUCAGAUGGCUACUAGAAGGGCUGCCUGGGUCAGUGCUGCGUGGAGAUGCUGAACAUUUUGCAUAGAGAUACAUUGAAUGCAUCUCUAUGAGGAGAUGCUGAUUGGCUUUGCUCUCGCCCCAUCUCCUUGGCUGAGAGCAUCAUAAUUGACUGUCUCAGCCAAUCCUAUUGGAAAGCAUUGGAUUGGCUGAGAUUGCUAAUUCUGAUGAUGUCAGCCAAGGAGGCAGUUUCGGGGGCUGGUCCUGCGCUAGCAUACCUCUGCGGUGUUCGCAUAAAAAUUAGAUUUCUGCUUAUUUAAGGUGGACACGUUUGUAUUUUUGACUCUAUAGUGGUCCUUUAACAUUGAAAUCUAACAGAUAAAGAAUGUCAUUUUACAGGAGAAUAAAAAUAAAUCAAGGCACAUUAAUGAUGUGAAAACAUGAAUCCAUUUAGGGAACACUUUAAAUAGCAUUCACUAUUUUAUUUUAUUUUUUUAUAUUGAUGACCUCGGUCUUUGAUACCCUAUUAUCAUUCUGUGCCUUAACGCAUUCUGACAUUGAAUCAUCAUCAUUGUAAUUGACCAAGGGCUGGUGGUUACCUAUGCCACAUGGUUAUGUUAAAGAUAUUUUCCAGGGUUCAUCCAUGAAUGGAAUUUCUGAUAAAAUUCAGGGCUGCCUCUUCCAUCCUACUGGCUGCUUUAACUUUCAGCAGCUACUUUGUACUUGGAGGACGUGUGAUUGGGAGUGCAGAUGGCGUUUUAACUAGCAUUACCUAAUUCCUUAUAUGCAUACAUCAGCUAAAUAUAUAUGUAAGAAUAUCCCAUAAAGGAAAUGCUGUAAUGCUCACUUGUGACCUAUAAUGUUUGCUUCCUUCUCCUUUUUUCUUCCCUGCAAUCUGGAUACAUCUAUGUUGUCUUUUUCUUUCCAAAUGUAAAAAUUAAAGAGGACGGUGUUAUAAUGUUGGGUUUGAUUAUCUCCCAGUUCCAGAUGUGUGCGGACUAGUCCCGCUCCAACAGAAUGUCCAAUCCUGCAGAUCUCCAAAGCAUAGCUAUUGAAAAUCAGCCCUGGACCCUCUUGUUAUUAGGCUACUGUUACCAUAGUUCACUGCCAAGGCUAUGCAGCUGGAUACCCUGUGAGCCGAAGUUCAAACUGUCUUCAAGCAUUUUUGGAAGCAUUCCCACCCUGUUGUGUGUUUGUGAUAAAUUACUGUUAAAGCAAACAUGCCUAUUGAAGAAAAAGUUAUUUUUAAUAAGUACUUAUUUUUUUCACUUAAAGCUUAAAAUGGUUGCUUUUUUACAAAAAUAUACAUCCUACUUGCUUUAGCUUAAUACAACACUAUGACAUGUAGUCCGCUAAAUGAAACACUAUUAGUGGGGCAAAAAAAUAAAGAUUUUUGACUGGUAUCUUUUAAUAUUUGACGGAUCCCCAUUUUGUACUCUUGUGCAUUUUUGAGAGAAAAAUAAUAACCAUGGCUCUUGGCAGAUGAGGCUGACAGGUGUUCUAGACACAGAUGAAAUAGUUAUGUAUAUCUGCCUACGCUUUCUCCUCUGAGAUGCCACACUGUACGCUUAUAUAUUUACCUUUUUCGAAAAAUACCAAAAAGACCCCAGAAGUAACGAUGCCUCUUUAAAUGUGUGAUUGAGACCGUUCUUGAUGCGCCUUUCAAUAUGAUUCAUUUUUUCCAUUCAUUUAUAGCUGGCUUCUGCAAUAACAUGUGCUUCUAUAUUUAAGACUAACUUGCUUUUCUUUUUAAGGGCAAAUGUCCCCUUUCAGUUUACAUUCAAAACUAAUAUUUAUUGGGGUGUGGAGUGAAGCAAAGUACAACAGAAACCUACACGGCUUUUCCUGGUACUGGCUGUAACAUCUUCCCAACCUUUUUAUUCUUAUUUAUGCUAUUUGCGAGGAAUAUGCACCCCGAAUUUCACCCAUGAUCCUUUGCUUUCACUCACUUGCUUUCUCACAGCUUCAUUGGACAGCAGAAAUAUACUUUGUAUGCCAGGCCAUGCCUUGACAUCAUGCUGCAUGAUGUAAAUCCGUAAAAAAAAAAUAUAUAUUUAUAGAUAUAUUUUUUUAAAUAGUCCAGCUUGUAGAUAAAUCAUAGCUUUUUGGUAUUUAGCUAUAAAGUGUUGUAAAACAUGAGUUACAUUUUAUUUCAUCCAGAUUGUUUGCUUUCUGUACUUGGAAAAGAGAACAACUUUUCUAAAAGCAGCCCUUCUUCCCUUGGCUUUGAAGGUCUGCAGCUUUAUUGUUUGUUUCUAUUUUAUUAGUGAUCACACAUUGUACAAUGGGUAUAUGAACUUUAUUUGUAAUACUUGUAAUACACAAACAAAUUUAGGUAAAUCAGAACUCAAGUGACUAGAAGUCUCUGAUCAUAUAAGAAAAUCCUUUUCUUUUUCUAAUUUGUGCUGGUUUACUAGCUAGAAAACCAAAAAUAAAGUUUGUAAGAAUUUAUAAAAUCCCAGGUUUCAAUCUAAGCACUAGGAUCUCUUGUUAACACAAGGUAUGAGUUCCUGUGUCAUGUAGCAAAUCAGGUGUAAAUAUUGUAUCCUGAAUACAGAAUGCUUGGUUGUAUAGGGAGAGGUAUUAGCAGUAGAAAGAGGGAAGUGCUCAUGCCAUUGUACAGAACACUGGUGAGACCUCACUUGGAGUAUUGUACACAGUACUGGAGACCGUAUCUUCAGAAGGAUAUUGAUACCUUAGAGAGGGUUCAGAGAAGGGCUACUAAACUGGUUCAUGGAUUGCGGGAUAAAACUUACCAGGAAAGGUUAGGUGGCCAUGGGCCGGGCCGGCAGGGGAGCUCCCAGGAUAACAUGUAGCUUGGGGGAAAGACGAGACAGAGGACCCGGCGGAGCUCUAACUUGCAGCUCCGCCGGGUUUCUCUCGCGAGAUCCGGUCCGUUGCUAUGGCAACCGGCCGGGUCUCGCGAGAGUGAACUCUAGCCCCAAAGGGCUAGAGUUCACUUACCACGAGGACCACCAGGGAUGGCUGGCAGGAGCAGGACCCCCCCCCCUUCCAGACUACAGGUAAGAAUGGAGGGGGAUCUGAUGUAUUUAUUAUUAUUUAUUAUUAAUUAUUAUUGUUAUGUAUUAUUUAUUAUUAUUAUGUUAUUAUUAUUAUUAUUAUGUGUUUAUUAUUUAUUAUUAUGUAUUUAUUAUUAUUAUGUAUUUAUUAUUAUUAUUAUUAUGUGUUUAUUAUUAAAUAUUAUUAUGUAUUUAUUAUUAUUAUUAUUUUUUAGUAAAACGUUAAUAGUGCCAUUUACCUGCCUCCCCCAAUACAAAAUCCUUGCAAACACACACAUCACCCUCACCCAGCACCCUAACAUUGACACAGCACCCCAACACACACACAGCACCCCAACACCAGCACCCUAACAUUGACACAGCACCCCAACACCAGCACCCUAACAUUGACACAGCACCCCAACACACACACAGCACCCUAACACCAGCACCCUAACAUUGACACAGCACCCUAACACCAGCACCCUAACAUUGAGAACCCUAACACACACACAGCACCCUAACACACACACAGCACCCUAACACACACACAGCACCCUAACACCAGCACCCUAACACCAGCACCCUAACACACAUAACAUAACACACAGGCACCUAGCACUCACACAGCACCCUAACACCAGGCACCCUAACACCAGCACCCUUAACACAGCACCCCAACACACACACAGCACCCUAACACCAGCACCCUAACAUUGACACAGGCACCCUAACACCAGCAGACACAGCACCCUUAGACACAUAACACAUAACACAUACAGCAACCUAGCACAUCACCCCAACACAUACACAGCACUACACAGCACCCCAACACACAUCACCCUCACACACACAUCACCCUCAAAUACACAGAACCCUCGACAGUGCCCUAUCACACACACAUACUGCACCCCCCCACACACACCACCCUCCCACACACACUAUACUCCUCACAAAUGCACACUACACCCCUCACACACACAGCACCCCCAAACACACUGCACCACUCACACACUCACUAGAUCUCCUAUACGCACUCCUGAGUCCUUCAAACACACACUAGAUCCCCUACACACAGACGCUGCACCACUUACACACACACAACAUUUCUGACAUACACACUCAGGAUCCCCUAUGAACACAUUAGAUACCCUUUAAGCAAACACAUAGUGUCUCCAUAAAUGGGAUACAGUGAGUAUUCCAUUUAUGGAAACCCCUGAGAUAAGUUUCAAGCAAACACAAUGCAAGCAUGUUAUUAAUUUGCUUGCGCUGUGCAGAUCAAAUACAAGGCCCUUUUCUCAUGUCCUGGAAGAGCAUUGAACCAACAUGCUCACUUUGAGAUGGGGAGUGCUUGUCAUUGGGGAUGACAAAACACACCCUAUCUGGCCCCACCCCCUUUUCAUUGGGCCGCUGUAAUUAAAAAUGCCCGGGCCGAAUUUUUUCCCCAGUCCGGCCCUGCAGGAAAGGUUAAAGGAUCUUAACAUGUAUAGCUUGGAGGAAAGACGAGACAGGGGGGAUAUGAUAGAAACAUUUAAAUAGAUAAAGGGAAUCAACACAGUAAAGGAGGAGACUAUAUUUAAAAGAAGAAAAACUACUACGACAAGAGGACAUAGUCUUAAAUUAGAGGGGCAAAGGUUUAAAAAUAAUAUCAGGAAGUAUUACUUUACUGAGAGGGUAGUGGAUGCAUGGAAUAGCCUUCCAGCUGAAGUGGUAGAGGUUAACACAGUAAAGGAGUUUAAGCAUGCGUGGGAUAGGCAUAAGGCUAUCCUAGCUAUAAGAUAAGACAAGGAACUAAUGAAAGAAUUUAGAAAAUUGGGCAGACUAGAUGGGCCGAAUGGUUCUUAUCUGCCGUCACAUUCUAUGUUUCUAUGAAUAGUGGAUAACCCCUUAGGGAAGCAUUCUAAACACCAUUUGAUUUUCUCCCAUCAAGGCAGUUAUUGAUUUCGAUUGCAUGACUUUCUAAACACCAAAGAAUAAAUAAAUCUUACAUUAUUUAACAUUCACAUAUCACCGUGUCAGAUUUUGUCUUGGUUGAUUUACAUUUCAGACAAUAACCUUAUUUUUGUUUAAAGUAACACUAUAGUCACCUAAAUUACUUUAGCUAAAUAAAGCAGUUUUAGUGUAUAGAUCAUUCUCCUGCAAUUUCACUGCUCAAUUCACUGUCAUUUAGGAGUUAAAUCACUUUGUUUCUGUUUAUGCAGCCCUAGCCGCACCUCCCCUGGCUAUGAUUGACAGAACCUGCAUGAAAAAAAACUGGUUUCACUUUUAAACAGAUGUAAUUUACCUUAAAUAAUUGUAUCUCAAUCUCUAAAUUGAACUUUAAUCACAUACAGGAGGCUCUUGCAGGGUCUAGCAAGCUAUUAACAUAGCAGGGGAUAAGAAAAUCUUAAUUAAACAGAACUUGCAAUAAAGAAAGCCUAAAUAGGGCUCUCUUUACAGGAAGUGUUUAUGGAAGGCUGUGCAAGUCACAUGCAGGGAGGUGUGACUAGGGUUCAUAAACAAAGGGAUUUAACUCCUAAAUGGCAGAGGAUUGAGCAGUGAGGCUGCAGGGGCAUGUUCUAUACACCAAAACUGCUUCAUUAAACUAAAGUUGUUCAGGUGACUAUAGUGUCCCUUUAAUAUUGAUUUGUCACAUGGUUAUUUACUAAACCGUUUAUUGUGGUUAAAAUUGGAAUUGCAGGAUUAAAGCAAAGACCCAAACCCUCCCCCCCCCGCCCCUGCCCCCGACAGUGACAUUGUCGCUGGGUGUUCUGUGGGCCAGCAGCAGGGGAAGGUGAAUUAUAUUUAAACCUAUCCCUUGAGGGUGCGGCAAUACUUUUCAGUCUGGUCCUUUUCUUUCUUUUUUUGUGUUGUCAGAAAUUUGUAGCAGACUGGGCAGACACUUGUCUAUUCUCCUCUCUUCAUUUUCUGGUCAUUGAUCAUAGUGUUACCUCCAUCUGUUGUAUUGGUUGCAAACACAGAGCUUCCAAUACAAAUUUAGCUUUGAUCUGAAAUUGAUAUAUGGCAGUUAACUUUAUAUAGAAUAGAUGGCUACAGGAUUCUUGGGAUUUAUCUAGAUCAAACGUUAACCCUACCAUUGUAAAACACAAUAAAUAUUGAGUUUACGGUUUAUAGAACACUCCAUGCACCAUAACCACUACAAAGUAUUGUAGUGGUUAGAGUGCAAAGGGCCUUUAGGUGCUGUGGAAAUGAGAGCCCUUUUUUAGGCCAAAAUAUUAAUACAUUUUUACUUAAAUGUGGGCCCAUCUUCUCUGCUGCUCAUAAGAUGACUAUGCUUUACUUUAUUUGCCAAAAAUAUUUGUAAAGGUUGGUAAGGAUUAUCCGCAUUUAAUUGUGGUUAUCUCCACUCCAUCUAAUUUAACAGUCCAUAUUUAAGUAAAAAUUUCGAAAUAUUUUGGCCUAAUAAAGAGCUCUCAUCAUUUCCACAGCACCUAAAGGCCAUUUGCACUCUAAACACUACAAUACAUUGUAGUGGUUAUGGUGCAUAGAGUGUCCGUGAAACACCUAAUUCUAGCAAAUACAUGAAAAUGGGGAGAAAUGUACAUUUGGCCCUAGUGAUUAUGGUGCUUGGAGUGUCCCUUUAAACACAGGAUAGCAGAGAAUGCUCAUUUCUAAAAGAGUUAAUGUGUGUUGAUAAUCCAAACAGAACUGUUUAUGUUCUGUGUUGCAAUGAAAUAUCCAACUGCUUCCAGAUAAUUUUCUGACUCGUAUUUGCCCCUUGAUGCCUUUUGACCGCUGAGUUAUGCAUGUCCACUUUUCUGCUUACAGUUUGCCAUAUGAAAUCCUCAUCUGCUCUUGUAACUCCACAGUUUGUGUGCAGCCCACAGACGGAUGUAAUGCUCGAUCUGCUACGCCCCGGAGUGCACAGCCCCUGGAUUGCAGGGAGAGCGUAAUGGGGGUCUGGAUUGGGUUACUCAUGCUGUAGCCAGCUGCUGUGUGUUAGAGACCCUCACUAUUACAACCAUGUUCCGUAAAGCAAUAUUGGCAACUCAAAACAUGUCUCCUGAAUCAUUUAAACUUGUCUCCUCUAAUUACUAUAAUUUUUCAUAAAGUCCACAAUAAUGGGUUCAAAUGUAUAUCUUAAAAUUCUGCGUUUUAUGGGGGGGCUUAAGCAUUUUUCCAGAUAUAUGUGCGUCAGGAGAGGCCUUGCUACUUUUGGCCUGAGAAGGACCACAAACCUAUAGUUCAGGGGCAACGCAUAUAAUCCUUAGUCUGGCAGCCAGACUGAGACUCAUGAGUUAUAAAGAACCCAAGAACAAAGGGUUUGACUGCAAACAUUUUUUGUUUAGGUGUUUAUACAGAAUUCAACAAACUACCAGCGCUUCACUGUUAUUACUUUGCGUCAGUUUUGUAAUGAUGAUACUUUUUCAAAUGUCACCCAUCCACUUUUUGGCAAUAAGGUUUACUGAAAGGGUUAAAUGCCUGCAAAUGAUGAGGUUUAGGCCAGGAUGUGUUAUCCCUAAGGAAUGAAAGCCGUUGACAUGAUGCUGGCAUGGAUCUUUGCCUCACCCCGUAUUUCCUGGUCUCCUGACAUGUACAGUCUAGUGUCCAACUCUCUGCAGUUGUAUCAGCUCUGAACUAAAAAUCACAGACUUCCAGCUUUUUUUCCCCUUGUUGUUUUAAAAUCAAUCUAAGUUUAGUUUGUCUGUUGCCUGUCUGAACAAAGGGAGACGUGUGAUUAGAACGGAAGAAUGCUUCUAGCUCACUCUUAUUGCUUGGAUUCUAGGAGUGAGAUGCUCGCCUGUACAACCGCUCUGAUCACGCUUAGCCAGUGGACCCUUAAAUCACGUAUUCCUGCAUGGUUACUUUGACAGCCUUGCUAGGGAAUUCAAAUAAUGGACUUUUUAAAAUGUCUGCACUAGCAUUACAGCUCAAGUGGUAUAGAAACGCUGCACAUCUCUUACAAUGCUUGGAAUCGGCUGAGCAGGAAUUAAAGUAUAUGUUUAUAGAGAGGACAGAUUUGAUUAUUAAAAUAUGCAGCAGAAAGCAUUCUGCCAGGUUUAAAUGCUGACAACAAUUUGCUUUAUUUCUAAACUUCCCCCAGGAUGCAAAAGGCAAGAAAUAGUCUUAUGUAAACAUUUUAAUGUUGAUCAAGCUUUGUAAAUUCUUAGAAUGGAGUGUAUGCUUCUCUACUAUUCAAGAAAAUCAUUUUAGUUUCCGGUCAAUUAAUUUUAAUAGUUGUGAAAGCACUUCCCGUAUAAAACAAUCUGCCGUCACAGAUAUGAUGAUAUAAGAUUAUCUGAAUGUGACUGUUAAUGUCAUGUGUUGCUUUGCUAACAAAGUUAAAACAAAAUUGUGUAGUAUUGUGGCAAACGAGGAUUUUGUGCUUUAUGUUAAAUGUCAUUAUGUAUAGCAUGUGCAGUGUCAAUUUGUGUAUCAUAGUUUCUAUAUAUGUACUGUCAGUGUUACUGAAUGUGUUUGACUGUGUGUUAGUGUCCACUGUGUAUCUGUGUGUACAUUGUCUGUAUGGUUGUUUGUGUAGAUGUGAGUAGUCUGUUCAGAACCAUCCCUCUAUUUACAUCCACCAUCCUAAUUUAAAUCCAUUUUAUCCUCCCAUUGCCAUCGUAAUAUAAUCGCUACCUUGUUUGCAUCUUUCUCCCAAUACAAUGCUCCCAGAAACUCCAUUCAAAUUUCUUGUGGUUAAAUGCCUCCUCUCUAUACAUGCCUGAAUACUGCAAUGAGUAGAGUUAGAUUAUCUCUUAACACUCUGUAUAGCUUGUGCACUGAAAUGACAGGUGUGUUCUUCUGCUCCGUGUCCUCCCUUCCUGCUUCAUGAACCUGUCUGAGCUAUUCAUGACUUGUCCCAGGUCUGGGACAGUUUUGGCUUUUCACUAACAAAGGGCAAACUAAGAGCCAUUUUCUAAAAGUGGCCUCUUCCACGAGCCAAGGCCAACCAAUGUUACGUGCAGGGGGCAUGGGGGCUAUGCCAGUUACGAACAAUAAACGGAGUGCCAUAUUUACUGUGCCAUAGGAGGUAAUUGUGACAAACUCCCCUUCCCACGUGAGUUUGCCACAGGGGCUUGCUUGCCAGCCUCCUGCCUUCAGACUAUGGGCCCAGCAGGGAAACGUAUAAGACUACUGAACUUGACCGACCGUUGGCACUGAUUUCCUGGAACUGCUUUGGGCAUCGGCCCAUGUGCACAGUCGGUCAAAAUUAUGACUUCCAUUGAAACAUGAACCGCUAUGGGUGAUUUUUGGAUAUGUCGGUCCCCCAUAUCUGUUACAGUAAUGUUCAAUGUUUUUCUAGAAAUUGCAUAGAAUUGAGGUGGUGACCUUUAGACCCCAAAUUCCUGAUCUGGAAAAAUAGUUAAUAAUUUUUUUCCAGUUUAUUUUAGCCUACACUUAUUCUUGUGUUAAUUCUUUACUGUCCCAGUAUCUUCCAGUAUUAUUGGUUUAGUGAAUAAUCAUAUUUGCUUACAACAGCACAUUUGAUAGUGUUAGGAUAGUGUUAGGAGACGAGGGAUCGCGGUCAAGUUUGAAACAUUUUGUUGCCCUAACAGAUGGGCCACUACUCUCUAUCUUCAAGGACUUUGUACACUCUGGUUUUACUGGAUGACAGCUUGCUUUAAUUUAUCAUGACUUAACAGAAACAUUAUAGUAAUAAUGUGCUUUAACGAUCACAUGAAACGAGAUGUCUCUUACAGUAUCACAUACUGUGGAGACCUUGGAUGAGAAACCUGUUGCCAUAACAGUGUCCAAAACAGAGCGUCUAGCAGUCAUACAAGCAAGCCCAGAGUUAUAUUGACAGGGCUGCCUGUGUUUUUAUGACCAGAGCUCAAUUUAGUGAGAUGCGUUGGUGGUGGGGAAAAUGAAACUGCUUCUAAAACAUGCUAGGGGAAAUAGGCAGUAUUUCAGCAGUGCUUCCCGAAAGCAUUUCCAAAGACUGUAUGCAGAACGGCCGAGGUGGCAUUGAUACUCUGCUCGUACACCUCUCGCUAUCUGAUCUAGCUCUAUAUGUAAAAGAGGAGAUAGCAUGAAGGGUUAACCUCGGGUCUCAUCUGCUCUGUGUGUUAACCUUUUCUUUUAGUCUGCUUCGGUUAUUUUAACUUUGGAUUACUUGAAUGCAAAUGUAGGACUGCUUGUCAUGAAUGAUGGCCAAUGUCAUGGUAGAAAUAUAAGUGUGUUGGAGAGCUGAUAAGACCCUAAAACCGCCACGAAUCUCUACCUCUGCUUUAUAGUCUAAGUAGUUUGGGUGACUUACUUGUCCUGUCUUGCUUUCUGUCAGUUCUUGAGUUGAUCUGUCACAUUUUAUAUAUUUAUUUUGGCAGAUUACUUUGUGUACGUUCUUACGUAAAUGGCUGAGAUUUGUGGGGUUUUCAUUGCAAUGCAGCACAGCAUUAUAGCAAUUCUUCAGUUUCUUUUGCACAUGUUUUUUGUGGACGAUCAUCUGUUUGUUUUCUUUUUGUCUGCUUUUUGUUAAAUGUGUUUUAGGGGUUAGUGGUAUUUUUUUUUUUUUUAAUAGUCGGAACGCCAGUUCUGCUAAAGGAACUCUAUUUUGACUCUGUCAUUUAUUUUUCGGGUCAUAAGGCAGUUUUUUUGGGGUUUUUUCUUUCCCUUCCAUGAAUUUGAUAGCAAUUUUAGCAAAACUAUUGAAUGUUGUCUGGAAAAUUAAAAUACAAUCAGGAGUUUAAAAGAACAUUAAAUUGCAAACCUGGUACAUAUGUUUAUUUCCCUCUUUAUUUAUAAUAAAAAAAAAAAAAUUAUAUAUAUAUAUUUUUUUUUUCCCCUUUGCCAUAAACAUAUUUUACUAAGGUUUUUUCUUACCUUUUUUUCUGUGCGGAAAAACCCUUGGCGCUGCUGGUCACUCCGUAACAUCAUUGGGGGCAUGAUACGCAUCUGCAGCGAGCGCCACAUACGCAUCCCAUACUUGUUUUAGGAAACUUUAAAUCCAAUGAUUUUUUUAGCUGAAGUUCCUUUAGUGUCUGUCAGUAUGACAGCCGCUAGACACGUGUUUAACCCUUCAAGGUAACCAUUGCUCUUUUUGCAAAACUGCAGUGUUUUACCUUGAAGGGUUAAACAUACAUUAAGAUGAAAUGGUCUGGGUGUCUUAAGUGGUCCUUUAAUUAUAUUACACUUGAAGGGUUGAAGCCUUGUACAUUAUUUGAAUCCUUGACAAAAACUGUUUCAGAACCUCUGAUAUAAACAAAGUAUCACUUUGGAAUGUCAUAUAUCACGAAUACACUCCUGUGUCGUUUAGAAACGCACACAUUUGCUCUAAAUGUUUAGUGUAAGAGAUACUGUGUGAGAAUGGACAAAGCUUAGUAGCUUGCCUUAUGGGUGGUUCCCACUCGAGGCCUCAAACAUGUUUGAGCUCAUGUGUGAUAUUAUAAACCUUUAUUUGUACAUAGACCGAUUCCAUUCCUCUCAUGUUGCAACUGAAGCAUGGCUUCCUAGCACAAUGAGCAAGCAAUCUACCUUCUGGUAACACGCAGUAGAAAGACCAAAAUAUGUAGAGUCCACGUGUAACGGAUCAACGGGUACCCCGACUGGGUACCUCCGUUGAAGGAUGCUCCUAGCGCUUCCUGAGGACUCCAAGCACUGCAGCAGACACCAUAACCACCGUAGACUCCUCCAGAGAGCAAAGCAGUAUGCUUAGCAGGACACACUAGCCAGCUGCACCCCCCCCCCCAAAAAAAAAAAUGCCCAGGAAGGCCUACCAAGUGUACCCAAAAACCCUUUUAUAGACAUCCCUAUGUUGGCUAAUAUUACAGAUGACUCUGUACUUGCAUACCACAAGGAAUCUGCAAUCCGUUUUAUAUUAGUAACAUUUGCAUGACCUUAUGACCAGUGUGUUUAACCUGAAAGGAAAGUAGUAUCUGGCAGGGUGACUGAAUGAAAACAGAACUACAGGCAAACUGUGUACCAUUGUGAGUACUACUUGUGUUCAUGUGUACUUGCUUUCGACCGCAAACCCGUAUGACUUAAAUCAAUCCAUGUUGACUAAGCUGCAGUUCUUCAGCUUCCCGUGGAGUACAACAACCAUCACUCACACCCAGAUUGCAUGAGAGCCACCUGCAUUUGUAGAAUUCUUCUUCCCUUGUACUGCAUUUUGUUGCUAGGAUUUGCUCAAAUAAUAAUUUAUUUUUUUUACGUGUGGUCACUUGAUGAGGUACCCUUUGCCACGUGCAUACUACAAGCCCUGCCAUCUGGGUGCGUUUGGGGCUGUUGUCUAUUUGAGCUGGUGUGACAGAUGUUGCCGGUCCCUGGCCGUGGAACAUUUUGUAUUGCAAAUCAUUGCACACUUCACUAGCGCUCAAAGACCUCUGUCUGAAUUGAAGAUGGCUAACUUUUGGGCCUGCAGCUGUUCCAGAAAAAAGUUUUCCAUAAUGCACAGGCAGCCAGAUGUCAUUCCCGCUCUGUGUGUGUUCAGCUUGAUUUGCUUAAAAAUUACAAUGGACUUCAUUUUUUUAAGCAUGGUCUUUCAUAAAACACCCGGUUAUUUAAAAAUAAAUAAAAAAAUCUUCUUUCUGAUAGUAUGCUCCAAGUUAGUUUAUAAUGUAUUUAAUUAUUUUUAGUUUUAUUCAUGAAUAAUGCAUUCAUCCACUCUGCCCUCAACCUAGUCUCUCCCUAACCUUCCACCCCAAUAAAAACACAGUUAGAACACUUCGGUUUACAAGUAACUAUUCAGCUGAGGCCUACAUAAAAUAUUCUGCAGUGCGCCUGUUCUUUUGAGUGAAAUUAGUAUGCAAGCGCCUGAAGUGACACUUUCAUCAGAAUUCAAAAGCCUUGCCUCCCCCUAUUCUUAUCCCUCUUUUAAUGCUGAGGGAGCCACCAAUGCGAUGCCCCGCGCAAAUGGCAGAUUAUAAUUGUGAGUUUGAAGAGUUAAUUUGGUGGACGUUUUAGACCCCAUGGCGGUUUGGCAGCUGCCCUUUCAUCUUCCCUUCUGAUGCAAGGUGUCUGUUCAGCAGCUGCCGGCACUUGUCACAGCUCCCCCACCUCCCCCCCCCAAACUCCCAUAGAAGGGUGGCUAGCCUGACAGAAUUUACUUGUUACAAACUAUCUAUGGGUUUAAUGAGGUGAAACUUGGCAAGUUCCUUCCAAUUUGCAAAUGUGGGGGGAAUGAGCGAGUUCCAAGAGCUGGGUGAAUUAGUUCACUAAGUGGCUUUCUGAAUUUUUUUUCUUCUUUUUUUAAUAUGUAAUCAUUGUAAGUGUUUUAAACAAAAACUGCAUACAGAUAAGUUGUGUUAUAAACUUUACCAUUCCAGUUGGUCUUCUGUAAGAGAGACUGAACUCUGACAUGAAAUAUGUCACUGUUCCUUUUUUUUUCUUUAUUUUAUGAAAUGGUAUACUACUAUUUAGACUUUAUAGUUCAUAGAACAGAGGGACAUUUCCUCAAAUUCUUUAGUAACCAAGCAGACAUAACCAGUAAUGGCUAACCUAACCUUGUGAACAAAAUUUCCCAUGAUUUUCUACCCACAGGUCUUUAAGCUCCCAUAGUUCUCAUGAUUGUUUUCAAUAUUAUUUUUUGUAUUUAGAACCUCCCAAAUGGUUUUGAUACAGUUUUUCUGUUGGAAUGUCAGAAAACAUUUGAUAAAGCCUAUCGUACACCAGUCACUUCUCGGGUUUUUUUUUUUAUAUUUUGUUUAUUUAUCAGUACAAUUAGCAGUAUAUUUUUGGGGAUUUUGAAAACUAAAAUUUAAUGUAGGAAUCCAAACUGCUGUAUUUCUCUGUCUUGGAAAUAGGCGUCCCCAUAUGGACUCCCUGGCAAUAAUUGUCAUAAAAGUUGCACUUGCACUUGCCUGCCAUUGAACGUUUAUCGGAAGAGGAGUGGCCGAAGCAAUGUUUGAUCUCAUUUGUAUUGUAUGCCUUAACUCUGCCUGGACGGGAUUCUGAUGACACUUGCUAAAUCUUUAAUAAACAUUUUAAAAUAAAUUUGCAUUGUGUGGAGAAAAAGAUACUAUAAGUAUGCUUAAAGUGGAAAUUAGCACCAUUUACUAAUUUUCAAUGUUUUUAAAUUUUUUUUAAAUGAUACUAAUUUCCACUUUAAGCAUACUUGUAUUUCAGAUUUUAGUUUCUUUAGAUCAAACUAAUGUUAAAAAGCAAGUAUCUUUUAUUUAUUUUGUUUCUCCAAGUAUAUCAAGGUUUUCCCUUGACUUGUCUAAAUCCGUAAUAUAGACAUAAUGAUGAGUAACUUGGUUUUUAUUGUCCUCAAUCUUCCAGGAGUUUUCAACAUUCAAACUAAUAAGUUUGUAGGAAUAGCCAAAAUGUAUCAUCCUGGUGUAGGCCAUGCCUGGUCUGCAGAACUUUUUUCCACAUCUUAGUCUUCUUUAUACAGCGUUGUGUAGCCUUGAUUCACAGUCGGUAAUUGAGCUGCAGUUCUUCAUGAACUUGAGACUUGAUAAAUUAACUUAAUGGAUGGAGCUAUACAUCAUUAGCAGAGCUGAACGAACUAACUGUCGUUGAGGGGGAAAAGGGGUCUUACAACCUCCUAAACAAAGAGGUUGGCAAUGUGAAAAACAGAUGGCUUGUGUCAAUAACGAUCUUAUACAUAGUUCUAAAAAGUGAUGUUUGUUUUUUUUAGUCUAUACGUAUAAUACUGCUAUAAAUUUUGACGGCAAUCAAUGCCAUUGCUUGACAGUACUUUUUAGUGGGUUUUGCAGGCUUUGGUUGGCUUCAUUCAUGGAAUCAAUCUUUUGGUUUCUAAACAGGGAAACCUUAGGAAUUCAUCCUUGUUGAAUGGUAGAACAGGCACUGUGAGUUUGAAUGAGUAGCUAAAGGCGAGAAAGCUGCAAAGUGGAACGGGGAGGGGAGCUUUUGCCUGACGAGAUCCUGCUAGGUCGCAGCCAGGAUGAAUCUUCGGCCUUUUCUUUUGAGCAGCAUUUGAACAAUCAAAGGCCCCCUUUUUAUCUAUUGUUGCACUGGAGGAUACCCAUUUAAAGUUCAAAUUCCUGCAGGCUUGGGAAGAAGGGAAGGCGAUAGCAGUAGGCUGGCGCAACAGAUGAUAAUCAAGCAUCAAAAGUGAGCUCAAGACAAGCCAAUACUUUGUCCUCUGACAGGAGAGAACAGACUGGGGAUACUUAGUUCUGAAUGGAAUCUUGAAACGGUGAAUGAAAUGCUGCGGAGGUGGCUGGCACACUGAGCAUCUGUCGCUCUACUCGCUCUUUAGAAAGGUAUAAAGAGAUCACAAUGUGAAAUUAGGGCCCAAAAUGGCUUUUAAUGACAUGGGGCCCUGUGCUCCAUGCUUUUCUGUCUACUUUCUGCACAUGAAAGCUGUAGUUUAUUAAAAAAACAUAAAAACUAGCCCAAGUGAAUGGAAGAAUUGAAGACUCAUUAGGUGCUGGAUUUUUUUUCUCUCCAGCCCCUAUAAUAAAAGGACGUCUAUGUUAAAGGACACACACACCAUCCAGCUGGAUUUCAUAAAUAUGCAGAUACAUCCUUAAAUGAGGCCUCUGUGCAAAUCAACGAUUCUCUGGGCAUCGUGAUGGCAAAACAUGUUAUUUGUGAAUAUUUCGUGAUUGCAGUUUUAUGUUUGCAGGGUAACUAUAAAUUAAAUAAAUCUUAAAAAUGUGUUAAAAAAAAAAAAAAAAGGCUUUUAACUAAUUUUCUGCUGUUCUACAUGGGGUACAUGUAAAAGUACUACCAGUGGCACUUUCACUGUAUAAACCUUCAUUAUGAGCAAGGCUCUAUUGUGAAGCUAGCUCACCUGGAUGUCUGCAAAAUAUAGUCACUAUGGCAAAAUUAUUUUUAUGGAUUAGUUUUUUGGGGUCCUGUACAAAAACACUUAAAGUAUGUGCCAUGACUUAUUUUCAAUUUUGCAUACAUGUGAUUUGCCUUUUAUAAAUUGACACACUGCUAAGUACUGAACUGCAAUGUAAGUCCCUGCUUGGGGUGUUUAAUGGAGUGUAAAGGGUAACAAGACACAUUUCUCUGCCUAACAAAUGUCCAAAGUACCUACUAAAUCCUGGAAGGCCCAAAUACGCAAGUGGCUGCCAUUUAUUUGUUCGUACAAGAUUUCUAUUAGUGUGUGUGUGUGUAUAUCUGCUCAGUAUUUGCAUAUGUAAUUUGUAAUAGUUUAGAUAUUUUAAAGGCGGAAGUUUCAAUUUGCAGCCAAUCAACUUGACCUUUAAACCAAAGUGCAUUCCACUAAAAUCAAUCAACGCUGUGCUUGUAAUUUUCUCUUAUUAUGGGGGAAUAAAAUCUGAGUAUCUUCAGAUAGGGUAUAGUAGUUGAGUCCAUGGUAUUCAGCGCAGGAUUUUAUACACUAUACUAUACUAUGACCAGUCAUGUCAUAGCAGACCUGCCCCUUAGAUGAUGAAAUCCUUCAUGUUCGCAUUCUGACAUUACAUUCCAUUACGCCCUUCUAGCCUGCAGAAUGGGAGUAUUUUUGGUGACUGACCUUGACAUUGGCACUUCAUACAGGAAGUUUCAUUGACAAUGGUCCCAGACUAGUUUAACAAGUUUAUGUCUAAAAGGCUGGGUUUUUGAUGAAUUCUUCAAGCUUUAUACCAUAAGUAUAAGAAAACACACAAUUAGAAACAAUUUAUCACUAUGAAGUUAAUGGUAGUAAGAUUAAAGGGACACUCCAGGCACCCAGACCACUUCUGCCCAUUGGAGUGGUCUGGGUGCCACCUCCCACUACCCUUAACCCUGCAAGUGUAAUUAUUGCAGUUUUUUAUAAAGUGCAAUAAUGACCUUUUCUAAGGGGUUUUCACCCCUUCAGCUACCGGGGAUUGGGAGGUGGGAGGUGGGAGGGAGCUUGUUACACUGUGUUUUCAAAAAGUCUGUGCAGAGAGAGGGUGGCUUUAUCCAAGUGGAACAUAUAACUGCCAAAAUCCACCAAACAUCCCCCAAAAGGGUCAAUAGUUGCUUCAUUUAGAAGGACUAUUUGCAAUUUUUGAAACCGUGAAUCACCAAGUUGUUGCGUAACCACCGUAAUAUAGCGAAUAGACUUCUAUUAGGUUAUUUUGCGCUGGGUGUUAAACUUAUAUUUCUGAUUACAGUUUGAGUUCCCCACUGUUUCUUGUGAUGGCCAGAGACUCUCAUACCUGUCAAGUUUUAACCAUUAAUAACAAUUCUUAUAUUCAUAAUAUGCGAUGCUCUGCCAUGUUUGAUCAGUUAAUGCAACAUGUUCAGACAUGUCUGUGCAUGUCCGGGCUACAAUGACGGUCACAACAACUCAUUACAUUUCAGUAAAGGUGUACUCCUGUUCUUAUUAUAGGACAUAUCAUGCAAACACAGUAUGUACUUGGAAAUGUUUUAUACCUGAAGGCAAAUGCAAUAUUGCGUAUACAAUGCUCAGCAUCUUUUUUGCUUAAAUCAAAAAGAAUGACGUCUAAAAAAAGACAUGCUGUUAAUAAUCUGUUGAAUUGCCUCUUGUAUUUGGGUUUUAUUUCUGCGUGUGUUCAAAUUCGUCGUAGAUGGGUGUAACGUAUAUACAGAUGGUUUGUUUGUAACGCAUACUACUAGUUCAAACAGCAGUGAUGUUAGUUGGACACCCCAUGGUUUUUAAGAAAUUGCCCUGACCAACUUAUAAAACAGAAAUUAAACAUAAAAACUUGUGUGUGGCACUCUUUGAUAUUUUUUUUUUCUUUUCAGGCAUUUUUGUAACUUUCUUGUUUGCACACGUCUGACUUGUUUAGUUUCCAAAAGAAUGUUUGUGGGCAUAUUUCUGAGCUAAUCUUCCUCUUAUUGUUUUACGCGAAGGUACAAAUACCUCCUGUACAUGUUUCAUUUCAAUAGCAUUCAAUAUCAUUAUGAAUAUAAAAGCAUGCUUUGAUUGUGCUUCAAGUAAUCGCUUCCCAGAAUCCUUUGUGUUCUGACCGGCUCGGCAAACCAUUCUUAAGCGGGGGCCAUUGAUAGAAUGGCACAUUAAGUUCCUACUGUGCGCUAUUGCAGAAGAGGUGUAUUUGUAGCCUCUUUACAGUCUCUGGCUCAGAUGCAGAGUGUAUCUCAAUGCGUACCUUGUACUUUGCAAAGUUCAAUUGUGCUUUCAAGAGAAAUGUUUCCAGUUUUCUAUGCCUGCAACAAGUUUGUUGAACAAAGACCUACCUUGUUGAAACAGACUCUUUGUGCAAAUGUCUGUCUACAUUGAGAGUUCAGUGCUUCUUUCUCUAAGUGAUAUUCUCCCCCUCCCUCUGUUUCUUACCUAUUUUACAUAAUCCUUUUUUUUAAAUCUCAGCUUGAUUUUGACAAAUCUGGCAGGAGAUAAAAAAAAUUAAAAUAAAAAAAACUUAAGCAGAAAAUGAUUUAGGAAUCAAUUAAUCCUUUUUUUAAUGUAAAUACCAUGAGCUAAUUUAGACUAUAAUAUUUUUCGGAUGGCUGGUCUUAAUCCCUUCAGCAGCUUGCAAGCAAUGCCACGAGUUGCAAAGACCUCAGUGCAAAGGGGGUUAAUGACCUAGCAAGUCACAGACUGACUCACAAUGCUCGGUUCUGUUCGGAGCAGCUGCCUGCAUCUAUGACUAAUUUGCACUUUCUCGUUUUUUUGGCCCAUAUUGUCCAUCUCGUUUUAUUCCCGUUUUUUAACUAAAUUGCCGUCUCCACGUUAUAGAAUUUCUAUAAUAUCAAAUUUUAGUUACAUAGUUCAAAAAUAAACCAAAAUUCUUAUUUCAGGAGUGAUCAUAUCAUUCAUAGGGCGCUUGGUAUGUGUGUGUAGAGGUAAAAUAUACAACUUAAAAUGCUGUCUAUUUGACCACGUUAUUGAUAUUUAUCCAUAUGGUUAAUACAUUUUUUCAAACUUAUGCAUAUGGUUUAAUGCGUGGCACUGUCACUUUUACCUUUAAAGCUUUUAUUGUCCCCAUAUAUGGUCUGGAAUACCUUUUGUAUAAAUUGCACACUGAAACAAGUUAGAUUUGUCUGUUAUGUAUUUGAACUCUGCAGAAAACCUGAAAAAACUACAAAAAAAACCAAACCAGUAACCCCUUGUAAUGUUAUGUUCUGAUUGGCUACAUGAUGCUAUCAGCCAAUCAAACCACUAUUGGGAUUCAAAUCAUUGUCCGUAACCAGAAAAUUGCAACCCCCAGUCUGCUGUAAAUUGCAUGUGGGGUUAAUGAAAGUAAAAAGAGGGCAUGUUCCAUUUUAGUAAUACGCAUUAAAUUCAACAGUGAACAUUUCUUAUUUUACAUAAAACUAAAAUUAAAGCGUUUUUUUUUUUUUUUUUAAAUUUCUAUUUCCAAAGAUAAUCAAGGUUCUAAUGUUGGUGGGCCAGGUUCAAUGUAAAUUUGAUAAUACUAUUGUUUUUUUGUUAAGGAAAGACCUUGGAACUCUGUGUGCCAAUUUUCGUGAUAGUUUGUGCAGAGUAUUGUAGAAACGUACUCGUUAGAAGUUUCACAUGUUAUUGCACAAACACAUUUUGAAGACCCAAAUCAACCUUGGCUGGCAAAGGAGGACUGAAAUACCCUUGACAUGUAGAUAAGCAUGAUUUGGUGUUAUCUGACUUUGUCUCUCUGACUAUCUCCAGAAUACUGUAGAAUCAGCCACACAACAGCUGUGCUUCUUUGCUACUGCCCUAUGACCAAAAAGUUGUUGUGUAACUUUAUUUUUGAAAUAGAUUUUUCAUAUCUUUUGUGUAGGGGAAUAUAUUAUGCAAUUAUGCACCAACAUUUCUGAAAAAGCACUUCUGUGGUUUCGGUUUUCUCCAAAAGUAUCAAAAUGUAUUGCUAGGUAAACAUGUCAGUUUAGCACAUAAGCUUUCAUGAGGACAGUUAAAAAAAAAAAAAAAAAAGUCCAUUGAACUGUUUGUCAGAAAGGUUGUGGUGUAUGUGUGUGCAUUAUUACAUUUGUAUAUAGAAUGCCUGUGUAUGCAGAAAGUAUUUGAUCUCGGAACUUGUCCCUACGCAAACAUGUAGUUUGGAAAUUUACAAAAUAGAACAUGUGCAAUUUUCUUAAACUAUACGAAUACAUGUUUAACAUCUAUAUAUUUAUUAAUUUUUUAUUGCAGACUUCUAAAAGCCUUUGUUCACUUGACUAUGAAGACGACGAAGAUUCACAUUUGAAGACAAUCGUCUCAUCUCCUUGCGAUUCCAACGACCUCAUGAAUAUCAUAACUCCCGGAACCAGCCCUCUGAAGGAGACCUCAGAAGGAAAGCACAGUCUGCCUUGUCGUGUAGCAGGCACAAGGGAUUAUAAAUGUGAUACCACCGUGAGCGAAAGUGACGAGGAUAGUAGUGACUGUGAGAGUUCCGAGGGUGGCAUCUUUCCCAUAGAUUGUGCUGACUUGGAUUUGGAGCAAAUCGAAAAUAACUGAAUCACAGUGCUUCUAUAGGGUACUUUGUCCUUUCUUCACAUGGUAGUGCCUCAUCUGUCAUGCGCAUUCUGAAUUUCUCUGGCUGCCUUUGGGUAUUUUUAUUUUAAUAUAUAUGUAUAUAUGUGUAAAUGUAGAUAUGUAUACACAUAUGAGUUGACAAGUGGAAUGUUUUCACCUGUUCAGUUUGUUAAAAAGAAAUUACAUGGACAAAUCAGAAUGGUUGGAUAUGACUGAAGACAUAAAACAUGGUCUCCGCAUUGGCAGUGUUUUGCCGAGUAGCUAAGUAUGUGGGACCAAACUUGCAAAGCGAAGUUGAAAACACAGUUACUCACCAGUUUUCCUUUGAAAAUAGUUCUAAAAUAAUGGCAAGCUCACACUGGGUUGUCAGAUGUUCUUCUGCUUGUCAAUAAAAUAAAAAAAUUAAAAAAAACAAAAAAACAAAACAACAAAACAAAAAAUAUAUAUUUAUAGAAAACUAUUAGUUUAAACUGAUUUAAUAAUUUAACUCUGAGUGCCAGGGGUAUGUUCAAUGCAGUAAAUUGCACUGCACAUAUUCCGCUGUGUUAAAAGUGUUAAAGUGACUUUAAACUUUUAUUUUAAGUUUUGCUUCUUUGACAGAGGCAAAAGUUAAAAUCGUGUCACCGCCUAAGUGCUGUAAAACCGUUGUGUAAAUCUACAGAUAAUUGUUUUCUUUUUGUUUGUUUUUGUUUUUACACCACCACUUGAUAGCACGUUGACGACAUCAGAGCACGUCCCAGCCCAUUGAUAUUCUGCAGUCCAAUGACUAGUAAUGAUCUGCUUUGAGAGAUCUUUGUUUUACUAUGUAAUCUGUACAGGGGUAUUUGUUAGGGUCCCCUCUAUAGAUUCAACAUACAGAUGUGUAUCACACUGCAGAUUGCAACCAGGCUGGCGUACAUGUUUUACACUGAGGUAUGCAGUGCUCUGCUUAAAUGGCAAUGUAUCUUAAAAAGUGCAUGCCGUUUUGUCAUGACUAGGUGUAAUUUCAGUCUUUGUUUCUUCUAAACAAGCAAAGAUUCAAAGAAAAAAAAAGUGUUUGGUGCCUCUUUACUUUAAGAAGCCUCAGUUUUUGUUUUUUUUUAAGAUUGCUAUUAUGUACAGCAGUGGAUUAAAAUUUAUUUAGUUUCGUGAACUUUUCACUCACUGACUUUGUUAGUUAAAUGAGGAAUUUUCAGGAGGAAUUUAUACAAAUAAAAAAUGUAAUAGAUAUUUUUGCAUUUUUAUGGCUUUUACAGUUCUGGGAAAUAAAAAAAUAAAAUAAAAACAAAAAAAGCAUCUCUAUUUUCAAUGAAUUUUCAGAUGGGCAUUCUAUAAACUUAAAUGUGUCUGCCAUAAUUUUGGUGCAGGUUUUUGUUUAAAAAAAAAUAAAAAAUAUAAAAAGUUUGAGGAUAAAAAGAAAAAUGUGUAUUUGCAUAUACCAAUAACUGGUCCAAAAUACCAAAAUAACUGCUCUUCCUUUAAUUUUUUUAUUUUUUUUAGUGAGUGGUUACAAAACUUGAGAACAUGUCCGAUGUUUUUUUUUUUUUAAAGAUAUUUUUGAUCUACAUAUACCAGUGACCUUAAAAGUUAAGGGAUUAAAAAAACCUGAAUUUACUACUUGAAUUGUCUUUUUUCUAUCCUGAACAAAGCAAUGGAAAUUUACAUUUUGUGCAUUUCAGAAUGCGAGUAGUUUUAUAUACCUUGCAGGUCAUUAUUUCUAUUCAAAAAGAAUGUAUCAGAGCACUUGAACUUAAGACAGGGACUUUGUAUGUUAUGAUCAAUUCCACAGGAUGUGAUCCCUUCAGCAAUACUAGAAGGAAACUUGUCUUUGAAAUAAAAUCAAUUUGCUUUGGAAAUAAAAAAA